UGUUUCCCAAACCUAUGUAAAUCUCGUCUCUCUGAAGCGACACAUUUUCACCAGACAAAAAAAUUGUGCAUCGCUCGACGUCAAUUCUCAAUAUUUGUUCAUUUGAAAAAAUUCGGUCAGGUUCUUUAUUAAUGUACUUUUUUUAUGAAAGUAGUAUUUUAAACGGAGAAGGUGUUUUUGAAAGAAAAUUCAAAGGUGAAGAGAUCUUCUAGAUUUUUUUCUGAGAAAAAUGAAUUAUUCAAAAUAACCUAGGAUCAAUUAUUCCUUUCUAGCCAAACCAACUGUUUCUCCUACGCGAAAUCUGAUUGGUUGACGGUACGCUGGCAGCAGAGUUCUCCACUCGAGUUCGCCAUGUUGAGUUGACAGAUCUCCGAAAAUGUCUCUACUGUUACUUCUGAAAGCUUGCUCAAAUCUUCGGGGAAAAUCUGACCGGAUCGCCAGGGUCACUUUUAGAGGUAUGCUAUGAAAAAAAUUUGUUAGAUUGUGAGCUGUCAAUGGCUUCGAACGCUUUUUGAAGCUUCUUGUCUGACAAGAACGAUCGCUCGAUGGAUCGCUCAGAGGACAGGUUGUUAGAAUGUGCGAAAUUUCUCCUUCGGUUGUCUGUUUCCUUAUCUGGUUUUCGUAUCGUCUAAGCCUUACAUAUAUAUCAAUAAUUUCAAAAUUGGCGAUUUAAUUGUUCUUAGGUCGUUGUGAAGAAUUCUAUGUUUUGUUCCUUGGGUAUAUUUUGUUGGUGGUUGGAUAUUUAAUUAUUCAAGUUUGGUUCAGCUUUUUCUUUAGGAAGGAACGUUGCUGCUUUCAGAUAGAUUCUAUACCACUAGUAUUUACGAUCGUAAUACGAAUGAUACAGGAGCGAGUGUUUCAAAAAUAUUCAUGGUAAAACUAAAAAACAUCUACAGUAUGUUUAUGUAGUGUCAUAGUUGACAACUUAAAUUUUCGUGUAAGCUUUACAUUUGUACGCGCCAAAUUUUUUAAACUAAGCUUAAGUUGUACGAAAAUUGAUCGAAUCUCGUGAUCGUUCCAAACGCGGAAGUUUUUUGAAAGAUAAAUAUCAGAGAAAAUAUACAAAGCUUCAACUCAACUUUAGGUAUUUGCUUAAUUGUGAUUUCAGAGGUAAUAUUUCCUCGGCUUCCGUAACAAAAACCGCACGGCGCGCGUUUGCAUUCGAGCCAACUCAACCAUGGAACUUAGGCAUAGUUUAAAUUUCUUUGCGGGAGUUUACUUCAAAAGUGAAAUAUUACACAUUGUUUACAAAGAAAUCCUUUUUUAACAGUAAUAUCAAGACUAGAAAGCCUGUUUCCAAAAUCAUUCUUGCUUCGAAUACUACGCCGUACGGUCCUACAAACUUUUAACGUCGUCCUCGAACGCUUCCGGUAAAAACAUGGCGUCUGGUUGUAGAGAUUUUGACACAAAUGUCUUUUAAUGUAAUUUUCAAGAUAAUACAUUAGAUGAUAAGUAAGUCUCCUUUGACGGCUUUGCAGUGGCAAUAUUUUUUUUAUGCGGGAAUCCAUUCUGUUUGUAUUAAAAUUUAUCAGAAGCCAUUUUAAUGUGCAUCACAAUUUUCAUUGUGUAAAUAGCAGAGUGAAAAUUGAAUCGAUCUGUUUGUCGGGUUGAGCGUGCGGAAUUUUAGCUUAUAUACUGUCUAAUGGAUAAAAGAAAGAAAAUCAUUCUAACGUUAUUUUAUUUUGUAUUUACGUUAAUCCCCACAAAAAAGCAGUGAUUACAAAAAUUACUUAAUAAAGUUAAAUUGCAUGUAACUUUUACUUCCAGUGGUGAUUCGAAUUUUGGUAUUAAUCUAAAUUUCAUGUCAAAUUUUAUAACGAAUGAUUUCUUUGCCGGCUUUUAAACAUGUGAAGAGUAAGAUAAUGGUAGUUGAUCUGUUCAAACCUCAGAAUAUUUCAAAGUCAAAUUGUGAUUAUGUUAUUUAAGGUUAAAAUUAUUUUUCUGAGAAAUAGUAAAGAUGGAUUUGACCAGUUGUUGAAUUGGACUGGACAAUGCAGGUUAGGUUUAUCGUCAAGCCAUCUGAAAGUCAUCUUGCCUGAAGUCUUGUCCCUGAAACCAGAGUUAUGUUGCCCGAAAUUUUUAGUUAAGAUGACUGAAAUUGUGAGUUAUGUCACCUGAAAUUUUAUAAUGCUCAACAACAUCCUAACAUCUCCUUUAUACAUUUUAUUAAACUCGUUUCAUUCUGGCCUCAGUUGUUCAAAAGGUGGAUAAUGCUAUCCAUUGGAUAAAUCUCUAUCCACUGGAUAGCGCAAUUCGUUUUCCUAAUACUCAUCCCCUGGAUAAUGAUGUAUCCUGUGGAUAGCGCUAUCCAUCUUUUGAACAACUUGGGCCUGGAGGAAUGAGAUUUAGUACACAGUUAUCUGCCUUGUAUCAUCUCACAUUUGCUUGAAGAGCAAUUAAGAUGCUUUUUUAUCCAAAUAAACCAAUUCAUCCCACUCAUUUCAUCUCAUUAUAGCGGAAAGAAUGCGAUACUUAUACAGAUUUUAUAAUCCCAUUAGUUUUAAUAAGGAUAUAUUAUGCAGUCUCUUUAUUUAAAGUUUUUCUUUCUUUUUUGAGUUUGAUAAAAUUUCAAGCCACACACUAACUCAGCAUUUGGGCGAUAUUGCUCAGCAUUUCAGGUGACUUAAUGAAAAAUUUCAGUUGACUUGACCUGUUCCUGCAGGUUACCAUAUUAACCUGAGUGUAAUACUCACUUUCUUCAUCAAAACUUUUUUUACACUUGGCUAUAAAUAAUGGACCUUCACACCGGCUUGAGUAGUGUAGUUUUAUACUUGUUUUUAUUUCUUUAUUUCUAAUUUUAUUUUUUCUUAUCAUUAGGGGUAACAUACCAGACGAGUGUUAUUGAAAACUGCUCUGAAGCUGAUUGGGAUGAGGUAGGUUCACAAAUGAGUAAGAGCCCUUUCUUAGAUAAUGAACUAUAACUUAUUUUAAUUAAGUAAUUUUGGUGAUCAAAAGGCAAAAAUCAUUAUCAAUAAGAGUUGGAGUAAACCCUUACUGAAUGAUAGCUCAUAGUGAUGAUUGCCGCGCUUAGUAAUCAAAGGUUGCAUAGCUAAAUUCCUUUAACUACCAUCUUUAUCAGUCCAGUACAGUCAAACUUCCUUUUAUAUCGAAAGAUGCUGUCCUCUUUAAGUCAGACAUCUCCUUAAACUGGACAGUUAAGGUGCUUACCAUUAAUUUCCACAAAACAUCUUGUUAAAGAUUUAUCAACUAAAUUUGAUCUUGUGGGAGAAGGACCCACCUACAAGAAGGAUCUGUGUCUGAUAGGGGCUGUCUACCGACAUAGCGGUCUAGUGUUGGUCGACAUAUUGAUUGAUAUAGCAGCUUAGUGUCGGUCUACAUGUUGAUCAAUAUGUCACUUGAGUGUAGAUUGAGUAUUGGUUCUACACUGGUUGGGUGUCAGUCAAGUAUCGACCUCUGUAUCAACCGAUCAUCAGUUAACAGGUGGUCUUGAUAGUAUCGGUAGGGUAUCAGUAAUAGGUAAACCUAUCGCUGUGUAUCUGUUACAGGUCAAAAUUAAAUUCAGGUGAAAAUUUUUUAACCUAGGUUAAUUCUCAAUUUGCUUUGUCUCCUAGCCCUAAUUCGUAAAUACAGUAUAAUCAGGGCUAGGAGAUAAAGGAAAUUGAGAGUAAACCCCUACGUUAAAAAAUUUUAACCUGAAUUUAAUUUUGACUUGUUAAAAUAUUCGUCAAGCAUCAUGAGUGUUGUGACAAACCCUGCAUCUUGAUGCUCUGUGCAGUCUAAUUUGACCAAAAUUUGCAUGGCAAAUAAGGUGUCUAUCUAUCUUUCCGGCCCUGGCUUUUCGGUCUUGCUCAACUCGUCAAUCGAUUUUUUUCCCUACUUGUUUUGUGUGCAAUGGAUCACCAUUGUUUUCAGUGAGGAAAUUUUUUUCUGUGCCCAACAAAGGUACUAAUAGUAUAACAUUUUGUGUCUGAACUGAGGUGACUGACCAACUUGUUGACCGAAUGUUGGUGAUAUGUUGGUGUUCCAUCAUGAAAGUAACGAUUGACUAUCAACCAACUAUUGACUGAUAGGUUAUUUGGGUCGACUAUUGGCCACAUAUUGACCAACAUCUAGCUGAUAUAUCAGCUGAGACUAGACCAAGACUCUGCCGAUAUAUCGACCUAUAUGUCGACAAAUGUGUUGGUUGACAGCCCCUAUGAGACACAAGAUCCAAAAAGUAUAUCCAAAUCGGCUGGACAGGCUAAAGAAUCACAGUCAACUCCAACUGAAUUGAUUGAUAUAAUAACUUGCAUGAAGAUUUUUACCUGACAAGGCACAAAUAGGCAGAUGGACACCCGAGAAACAAAACCGUUAUUUACAAAUAAGUGGUCGCUUAUGGGAAGUGGUCCCUUUGGGGAAGUGGUUCAAUGCUAUAAGAGGAGUGACUGUAUAAUAAUUGCAUCACCUCAAAUGCCAGCCCACAUUUUCUGAAGCUUCCCAUUUGGAAUGGCGAGAACCAUGUGGUUUCCAACCGGAAUUUCUGAUUUUCCCAUGCAAUUUCAUACAUACUACACCUCGUCAGCCCGAUACUUUAUACUUGUGUUUUCAGCAGUACCAUAACUAAUUCUCUAUCAUAAAUUUGUUGCACAGGACUUUGAGUGGCCCCUGGAGAGUCCGCUGGACCCCAGUGAAUUCAUUGAAAUUGAAGUUUACAACUUCAACAAAAUCUUCAACAACAGGUUUUUAAUAGUUCUUAUUUAUUUGAUUUUGUUUACAUUGAUUGCAGUCAACAGACCACAUCCUAAUUUUGCUAUGGAGUUAAAAAAAAUUGAGAAUGGCAGCUAUGUUUCUCUGUGGCAAUAAUUUACUUCACUUCCAUGCAAAUUACUAGCCUCACAUUCUGUCUGUUGUCUCAAAACCAUGUGAUGCCCCACGUUUCCCAUUGCUUUAAAACUGUUUAAUAUAUGUGUACAUUGUACGGCUGUAUCACACAUGUUCUCAGUUACCAAAUCUACAGAUACGAGAUAUUAUAUAGAAACAGGAGUCUCAUUUGCAUUUUAUAUUAUUAAUCUGUGAUUACCACUAGUUUGAUAGAUCUGAUGGUUGGUUGUUUUUACUUUUGUGAUUGCAAACAGAGUUUUUAAGUUGAGAUAAUUAAUAUCCCCUAUGCUUGAGUGCACUACCUGUACUUGUAAACAAAUUUUAAUUUAUUUAUUAAAUCUUACUUGUUGACCUAAAACAGAUCAUGAAUUAUAGCCUUAUAAGAGACAUAUUAGGCAAAUCUGAUUUACGAUAGAAUGCACAUGUAUUGCCUCAAGUAACAUCCUUUGCCAGGUUAAACCAGUUCUAAGCUGGUUUGAUUCAGAAUUUCCUUUGUUUCAUACACCAACGUAGCUAAGAAAAUUCGUAGUAUACAACUUUUGUUUAACCUUAGAAUGGAGUAUUCUCUGAAAUUUCAACAUGUGCACACUUAUUCCAUCAAGUAACCUUUUUUCUUCCAAGACUUGUUGGAGUGUUCCGCAUGGUACUGCAAAAACUCAUUCAAGAUGGCCACCUUGAGGUCAUGGAGAGUCUCAUUGAUAUGAACAACACAGUGCUUAAGGUAAGGAUGUUUGUAAAAACCCAUUCACUUGAAACUUGUCAGUUUUUGUUCAUCUGUCAUGGUACUUGAGUUUGACAUGUCUACAAGUUACUUUUUCAGGAAAGGGUUCUCUCUUAAGAAUAAUUGAACGUCUACUUUUAUUGGAUUUCACUAGGUCUGUUAUGAAGACUUUUUCUAAGUUUUUUUUCCAUGAAGUUAAAUAAAAUUUAACACAGUUAACAACAAGUCAUGUGUUGAUGGUCAGCGGUCAGUGCGGUGGCUCAAGUGCAGUCAGCCUUGAUCUCCAUGUGCUUAGUACAGCAUUUCCUGUUGGCCUCUCUCUUCGUUUAGCCUUUGGAUCAGCCAUUUACUCCCAUCCCUCUCCCCCUUUCAUUUUUCACUGAUAAAUCAGUGUGAUGGGUACAUGGUUCCAUUGGCAUGAGAGCUUAUGGCUGGAAGGCGUGGUCUUACCAGUCAUAGGGGUGUAACUCUGUCUAGGGGUUGGCUUUGCCAAAAGUGGAAGUCACUGGACAUCACAGGUGCCCAGCUCCACUAAGUGAUGCAGUUGUUAAUGAAUAUUAGCUAGUCAUGAUGGAGUUUUGAAUAGUUUUCAGUGAUAUUUUUUUCUCCUUCAGGCAACUGUUAACCUGGAACUGCAGUAUAAUCCACCUGAAGGAAAUGUAUCACAAUGGGUCAAUAACAUUCACGACACACUUGAUGCCCCACCCCAAGUGGGCUAUAUGCCUGACAGUCAAUAUCAGAUGGAUCCAUAUCAGCAUGAACGUCGAGGCUCCUUUAUCGGCAUAGGCAGUGCAUUUGGUAGCAAGGCAUCCAAGAGCCAGUCAAUGACGAGCUUAACUUCCAGCAGUCAUCGGCAACCAAGGAAAGAGUCAAUGCCUGCUUCAUUUGGUGGGGGUAGGUUCAUUUCCCCUGAAGGUGGAGGUGGAUCACCUUUUGAUGCCAUGUUGAAGGGAGAUGGUGUUGGAAGUCGCAGAGGAUCUCAGAUCAGUAUGCACAGUGACAGGAGCAUGAGUAUGAAAUGGUAGGGUUUUGGAUUCUAGAAAGUGAGAGCACUUUUAUUUCUCCAUUUUGCCAAAAUUCCUGAAAAUUUAAGUAAAAAAAUACAUGUAGUGGAGCACUUCAGUCCAGGUCUCCAGUUAUGGAGAAUAGUGGUUUACUUAAUUGGAAAUAUGUAGAAGUGUUUGUUUUUGACCCAGCCAUCUCUCCUCGCUCCUUGGUGCUAGGGACGUUUGACGAGGAAAGGAGCAAGGAAAGAUGGCUGUUUUCACAGGCUAGACAACAGGGGAAACCUGUAAAGUACCCAGACAAAAACCUCUCAGGGUAUGGCAAAGUACCAACAAUUAACUCAACUUAGAGUUCUCUGCAGUUUUCAAAAGUGCAAGAUUUCUUUUUGAAAACCAAGAAUGGCCACCUUUUUUUAUGCCAUUAGGUGGAUUAGGAGCACCAAUGGCUUAAGCAUCCAGCAGGGCCUGAUGGAAUUCUCCCCCAGAUGAAAUUUGAAAUGAAACUCUCAAAUGCUGUUUUUAACAUUCCUGAAACUGGAGAAACACAUCUCCAGGAAAUUAUUUUAAUUUAUGUGUUUCUUGAUUCUCUAAUAAAGAGUAAAGACGUUGUAAUUUUCUUCUCUCUUAACAUUAAGACAAUGACUUCAUGUGAUCAUUAAAAAACAAACAUACAAACAAACAAAAACAAAAAGUUAACACAAUCCGAAAAGAAAGAAUCCUGCAAAUAUGUGGAAUCAGAGCACUGGGGAUAUGACAUGCUAAGAAAUGAGGCAAACCUCGCGCCUCAAACAGCCCUAAUGUAAUGUUACGUCCUGGAUUUGAAGCCAGGCUAAAUUGGCGGGAUGUACAUGUAAGUGUUGUCACCUCUGUGCCAUCCUUGUCAACCAAACGGGUCACAAGUUUUUGUUUUCUGUUGCCUUUUGCAGUAGUCACGCCCAUCCUAGGGUGAGAGCUGAGAAGAAAAUGUCAGUCAGAGAACAAGACUAUCAGGUUGGUUUAAAUACUGCAAAGUCCUAAAGGCUCUGGGGGUGUACAUGUACAUGUAUUAGAUCCAUGGCAAAAAGAAACUUUAAAUCCCCUUCCCCUUUCCUCCAGACUAAAGAGCAUGUCUACAAUGCCAUUUGUAUAUAUAUAUAACUGUAUGUAUGUCUCCCAAUUUCAGUGAGUGAGCAUGUAUUAGUUUUAAUUUAUUGCUCCUUUGCAUUGUUGUUCAGAUACAAGUUCGUAUCCUGGAGGGUCGGCAACUUGCAGGUACCCAGAUUGACCCAGUUUGUACAGUCAAUGUUGGUAAUCAAAAGAAGAGUACAACCAUAAAAGAACAGACCAAUUGUCCCUUCUGGGAUGAGGUAAGAAGAAGCAGUGAAGGAAGCUACUGUUGGAGAGUAAAACCACUAGAAACAUGAAAGUUGUUUGUGAUUAAUUUAAUUACUUUCAUUUUCUUUCAGUUUUUCGUCUUUGACUUCAAGAUGCCCCCAAUGGUGUUAUUUGACAAGAUAAUCAAUUUCCAGGUAAUUUCUUGCAAAUAUUGUAUCAUAUCAUUAUAUUUAUUUGAUUCAGAUCUUUGGACAAAAAUGCUAGAAAUAUGUACAUACACACAGAGUGCAAAGAGAGUCAGUUUUACAGCUUGCCAUAUGGGCAAGCUGCAGCUAGCACUCAUUAACUAGCCCAAGAGUCAUUUUAAUUAGCACGAAAAAAUUUUGAUGAGUAUAAUUGAUCUCAGUUCUUCUGUAAUUUGAAUUCCCCCAAAACACUUCACUUGCCCAUCGGGCAACUUAAGAACAGAAUUCACUAGCCAAAUCCUAAAAUCUAUUAGCCCCAGGUUAUUGGACAUGGCUUUCUUUGCAUGCUGACAUGUAUAGUUAAGUGACAUAGAUAACUCGAAGGCUGUGCCAUUGCAUGGAUACAUUAAAACUUGCUCUGAUGGUGUAGCUUUUGUCAUUUUCAAAUAAUACCUUAUGCGGUUAAAUUUUUUACUGGCAGGUUUUUACUGGAAGGAACUUAGUCAGCCAGGGCAAUUUGAUUGGAGCAUUUAAGGUAUUUGUUAAUUUCAAUAACAUUAUGUUGCUUCUUUAAAGACUCCUGAUAUUAGCUCAGACUGAUUCUUUCAGUUAAGAAAUAAGAUACAAUUAACUUUCUUUUAGCAGGCACCAUCAUAGUACUUAUUGGAGUCUAAGGUCUGGUUCAAUCUAUCACUGUAUAUUUGCAUGAAUUGUUCUUAUUGUUAUUUUCAGCAAUUUAAAGCCAAGUUAAGUUCUUUUUGCAACUUAAGCAAAACCUACAAAAGCUGCAACUGUGCAAAACUUUGCUACUCUUCUUGUGACUAGCACCAAGAAGUUCCAGGGCUCGAAAUUAAAAAAAUCCUCAGGUCGCCUUUUGGCGACCAACUGGAGAAAUGUAGUUACCAAAUACAAAUUUUUAGUCGCCAGUUUGUAUAAUGUAAAUGCCACAACUCAUAGUUGUUGCGAUCCAUCAGAUUUGAUUGUUUGAAAAUAUCAUGGACAAAAGUAGGUAUAAAUAUUGAGGUAAACUAGCUUUGUUUACGCGAUUUGGCACAUUCUUUUUGACAAAAGCAAAGCAAGAUAAGAUGAAAUGUUUGUUUUAACUUUACUUUUUUAAUGGGAAUCUAAAUCAUAGAGAAAUCUUGGUUGCAUUGGUGACCGUAUCAGUUGCAAUUUCAAGCCCUGAGUUUGCUCAUGUUACUCCAGUAUUACUGGAGUUAUAGUAGCCCUCAGUGAAGAGUCAGCUGGAAGUACGGGACGUCACACUUUUGUAUAAGAUCAAUGGCCGUGUGCCUGCUUAUCUAGCCAGUAAGACUGGCCAAACCUCAGAUGCACAUAGUUACAGCACAAGGCAUAACGAUCAGUUACAAUCUCCCUUUUGUACUACUGCUACUGCUCAGCAUUCCUUUUUUUAUCGUUCAACAAAUAUUUUGAACUCCCUUUGCUUAAACUCUAGAAACAGUGAAUCACUCUGUAAGGUGGAACUAUUUAGCAUAAUAUAAAUGUAAAUAAUGAUUUUAGCUUAGUUUUUUAUGAUGCUUGUAACUUUCGUGAGAGAUAAUAAAGUUAUUGUAUUGUUUUGUAUUACCGGUAUAUUGUAAGGGGGACUGACUCCCAGUUAUUCAUAAAGAAAUUGGGUUAUUUUAUUGCACCUUGUAAGUGAUCCAAACAGUUUUCACUGACGCCAACUUGUCCAGUAGCCUAGUGAGGUACAUAGUCAGGGUUGUCACUAAGAUUUCAAGUUACCGGGUAAAUACAACAAGUAGGCGGUGAAUCAAACGGCUAGGGAUUUCUUUUGGUUCUAUUUUUCUUCUAUUUUCCAAUAAAAGUUUCUUAGUAGUAAUGACAACCCUGAUAGUGUAGUGUACAUGCAUCAUGACGAAUUAUCUGCAUUUACAUAGUGCACUCUGAUGUAUUUGUUUUUGUUAGCUGGAUGUGGGAACUGUGUAUGCUCAACCAGAUCACAGAUUCUGUCGAAGAUGGGCUGUAUUGACUGAUCCUGAAGAAACACUUGGGGCUUCUGGUGCUGGCGUCAAGGUAUUCAUAGUGUUGUACAUAUGUUAUUAAGAUAAAGGGUGAAGUGAAGUCAAGAAGCUGAAGAUUUGAACGAAUAUAGCACUUAAAACAACAAAUUUAACGGAUUAUCCCUUUAAACUUAUGGCCUGGUGUAACUAACGUCAUUUCUGAAACAACCAAAAAUAAUAUCAUUUGCAGGCUUUCUUGUCUAUCUCAUGCUUUUGCAGUUAAAUGAGUUCUUACAGCAGGGACUCCUCCUACAACUUCACACGAAAUUAAAUCGUCAAAUGUUUAUGCACAAGCUGUCCACCCACUGGUUUGUGUAAUAAAUUAUUUGUAAUAAUAAGGUUAAGUCCAGGUUAAGUUCUCUCCUGAAGUAGAGCAACUAAUUCCUUGUAUUGGGUGUGCCUUUUAACCAGUCCAUCAUUUGCUAUUGCUGGUGGGAAAUCAAUGAAUCCUUUAUCAUUCUUGCUACAUAGGGCUACCUUAAAGUUGACAUCACUGUCUUGGGUAAAGGUGAUCCUGCAAAGGUGAGUGGAAUUUUUUUUAACUGGAUGGUAUGACUGUCCUUUAAUUUCUAUGUACAUUUUAUUUCAUUUAUUCAUUAUUUCAUUGUCAUCCUUUCAUGGGCUUAUAACCAGCCAGCUCAAUGACCUGCUCCCAGUCGGCUUGUUAGCUCAAUUCUGUAGAGCACUGUGCUGGUUCAAAGGUCAAGGGUUGGAAUCCUGUACAAGCCCUUUUUUUUUUCAGGCUCCCUUUUCGCAACUGCAGAAGUUGCGUCUAUAACUGUAAUGAUCUCUUUUUAUUUAAUUCUUGACCCUGCAGUUCAUCUUUAUUCUUAUUUCAUUGUCCUUCACUUGUUAGAAUUUCCCUUGCCUGACAUGAUUUUUAGGACAUAUUUUAACUGUGCAAAAACGUAUUUUUUGAAUUGGAUGAAAUAUUCAUUGUAAUGGACAUGUGUCUUUUCCUUUCAGGAACCUCCAGGCAUUAAGGACAAUGAUGAUGACAUUGAAGGGUAUGAAUGAAAGUAUUAUUAUUUUCUUCGAAGUACUGUUGUAAAAUAUUUUGUCUUGUGAUAGUGCGUGUGAUUGGCAUAAAUCGGCAUAACUUCCAUAAAUUUUGGUAAAUGGUAUGUGUGAAUCAAAACUAGAAUUUUCUAGAGGUGGAGAGGGGUGGGGGUUUCCUGGAGUACAGCAUGUAACUUACCAGUCACAUCGGAAUCGUUUCAGCCGUGAAUUAACCUCUCCAUUGUAGCCACCCGUGACAUAUUUGACUGAUUAUGACAGGAAACAGCAUUUUAUUAUUGAGACACUGACAGCAAUUGGUCUUGACAGAUAACUUACUGUAAACUCAAAUGUUUUCAGGAAUCUUCUGCUACCUGAAGGAGUCCCUGCAGAGAGACCAAAAGCAAAGAUCAUAGUGAAGAUUUACAGAGCAGAAGGUCUUCCAAAAAGUAAGGAGGUGGAGGAGGAGCAUAACUACAAAUGAGCUAUCUUUAUGUACUUACAUGUGCAACUCCAAAUUCUUAGAGGUGUACAUGUGGUGACUGAUAAUCUUUUUGCUGAUUAUUUUACUUUGUAGUGAACAGUGGACUGAUGGCUAAUGUCAAGAAAGCAUUCACUGGAGAGGUACAGUUUUAUUCUUUCUUAGCAUGGUAACCGAAUUAGUCCAAAGGGAUUAACAUUCACUGGUUUUCCUUACAGGUGCGAGAUCUUGUGGAUCCCUAUGUGGAAGUGUGCUUUGCAGGACAUAAGGUAAGUCAAUAUUAGUAGAGCUUGCUUGGCAGCAGGACUCUAAAAAUGCAAGCGUUUCUUUCUUUCUUUUUUUUUUUUCUGUGUCCUCAUCAAAAUUAAAGCGGGGGGUGGUGCCAGGCAUUGCUAUCGGAGACCAUGGAAACUGGGGAUAAGAAUUGUGUCGAUGUGACUGCCAACAUAUAAAAAUUUUCUAGAGCACCAUGCAUGUCUUGUGAAGAAAGCUUUGGAAAGAUUAAUGCAAUAUAUGUCGAGCUUUUCCAGAAUGGGUCAGUCCAUGAAUUCUAUUGCUUGAAAGCCUUGAUUUCUUUGGAACAAGUGAAUAUUUCAGUCAUCAAAAAAAGGAGAAGAAUCGCAGUGAGCAAAAUUUUGGUGGGGAGGCAAACUAAUUGUGUGUUGUAAACUUUCAUUGUAUGCAAAUGAGUCUUGUGAUGAGCAUGCGGUUUUUUUGGCAAUAAUUGAAAUGAUGCUCCAUGUUCAUCACACUUUUGUUCUUUGACAAUGAUGAGCAUGCAGUUUCAUUUUUAUGUAGUUAUACUUGAAAUGAUUCAGAAAUCCAUUGUUCAAUAUAAAAAGUAAAUGUCUUGAAGAAUACUCAACUUUUUGCUUUUAAAGGAAAUGAUGUAACAAUUUCUCCUCAUUUCUUAUCUAAUCUCCAUCUAAGUAAACUUAAUGCUUUUAAGAGUGUCUUGUUCCCCUAUGAUCUUGAAAUACCCAACCUGUGAAGUCAGUUAGACUGUAAUAAUGUUUGAAAACAUGGGGUCAGUUCAUGCAACAAAACAGGUUUUAAAAAAACUUCAUUUCACAAAGUCAUUUUGACUAUCAAUGGCUUUGGUCAGGGUUAUAUGCUUCUGCUUUGAUUUUGUAUCCCUUUACUAGGAUUCUCACCAUUUUAUGACAGGUAGUAGGAAAAAAUUCUGCUGGACAUUUUCAGGGUCUGUAUAGUCGUGGAUGUUUCUCUGGUGGAAAAUAUGCCAAAUUUGGUGUAUUUUUACACCUUGGUCACUGGCCAUGAUAGGGUACUGUAGGAUGAUGCACAACAAACUCAGCAGCCUUCAAAUAUAAAACGUUAUAUUAAACAAUGUACUUAAUUUGUCUGUAUAUUUCUUAUUGAUUCACAGGCCAGAACAACAGUGAAAAAGAACACCUAUGAACCAAUGUGGAAUGAACAGAUUGUCUUCUCAGAACUGGUAAUAUUUUUAUUUUAUUCUUGGAUUGUUUGGCAUGACAGAUUAUUCUCUGUUUUAGUGUGGACUCUGUUACAGUGAAUGGGCCAUUUAGAAUACUUCCUGUAAGAUGUUGUGAAAAUUCCUAGGUUUAUUUUAGAUUUAGCUCUCUCUGCACGGUUUCCUGAAUACAGUGAUUUUUGUCGCUCAGAGUAAGAAAUAUCAAACAGCAAGUGGCUGAUAUAAAUUCAUUCCAGUACUAAGCUUACAUUUAUAUUAGAGGUUACCUUUAUGGUGGAAUAAGACCUUUGUCUUUGAAAAUCAAGCAAAAGUGUCAUCUCCAGCUUGCUGGUCAUUGCUAUCGGGCAGAUAAAGAAAUAUUUCCGUCUCUUAUCUUCUGGUGCCCAGUGGGCAGAGUGCAUUGCUAAAGUGAUUGCUAGGGAUUCAGGACUUGAGACCAAGGACUUGAGUACAGGGAGGGCAAUUGGUGGUGUUUAGGAAGAAAUCUCCAUGAAUGUCCAAUCCACUUUGGAGGUGGAAGGAUGUUGAUGAUGAUAUUUAUGUUAUAAAACCCAUACCACCCUGUAUGGCAGAGGUUGUGCUAAUAUACAAUAUAUAUGCCUUUGUAGUUGAAAUUAAAAUCUCCUGUUUUUCUCUAUAUAGUUUCCUCCACUCUGCAGAAGAAUGAAACUUCAACUUAAAGACAGGUAUGGACAACUGUGGCUAUACUUUAUAUUCUACAAUGUUUUCUUUUUGCGAGUUUUGGGUCAUGGUCAAUCAUCAUCACAUAGAUUCUUCUAGACAGUCAUUCCAUAAAUCAGUCUCCGACUAUUUGAAUGCCUAUUAAUUGUCAAUCUCUCAGCCUGUGACCUCUUAUCUGUUUAGUCGGGUAUCCAUCAAUCCGGGCAUCAAAUCGAGCCAGUCCUCCUGCAGGGACUGUCAGCCAUUUUUUUGACAAGACAGUAACAUGGUCCCAGCCACAUGAGAACACUGGAUCCUUAAAGACUCUGCUCCCUAAGGCAGGCAUUUCUCGUAUUUGGUGGACGCGUUUUGUGGUUCAAGGCUGUCUGCUUAUUGGAGGUUGAUGACUGGACAUUUGGUGGUUACAAUAUAAGCAGCCUUUAAUUUUUGUAGUUUAGUUAGAACUUAGCUGCUCACUUUGUUUAAGUGAAGAUAAGGUCAUUCUGUUCAUCCACUCUAAGCACUGAUUUUGAUUUACCCUUGGCGUAAAUAUCUUAUUAAUAAGCUUUUAUGGAGUAUUGCAUUUGAUCAUUGCAAAGGUCAAGGUCUGGAUUGAUGUUUUGAAACAAUCAAACAGCUUUGUUGCGCUGUGAAAGAAACUGAGAUACUACUUUAUUAAUUAUGUCUAUUUUUUUCUAGUGACUCAGUUUCUGAUGAGGUCAUUGGAACUCAUUUUAUUGACCUGUCCAGGAUAUCCAAUGAUGGCGCUAAUGGUAUGUGAUAUUAAUUCAGCUAUCUCAACACUUCAUGGUUUACAUUGUGAAUGAUAAGAUAAUUAAUGGCAAAGACAUCAAGAGUAGCUUUUAUUUAUUUUAUUUAAUUCCAUUCAUUGUACCAUUAUCACUGAUUUUGUUACCUCUGUGUCUGGAAUCUCUGAUGCAUAAAAAUCCCCAAAGACGCAAAACAAUUCAUGGCGUGCGUCCUGUAGGAUGCAAACAUUGAACGAUUGAUCUGAACAUGUGCUUUUGUAGAAUUAUCCUACUCGUUUAAUUUCCGUGGCAGUUAUUAUGGCUGUUGUUUAACAAUGCAUAUUUCUUUUAGCAUCUGUUGUGCUUUAAAAUAGAAGGACGAUAAAAUUAUUUUAAUUUCAGUAUAGGUACUGCAAUACUGAGUUUUGGCGUCUGUCUUCAGAUUAACUGUCUGGUUACAUAAAGGCCCAAGCAUUUUCAAUUACACACUGUUUAUUUUUUUUUCUGGGACUCCUGAUUUUUCACAAGAGGAGUCCCAGGACUCACCAUAACUAUCUCACUGUGCAACAAAAUCACUGCAUUAAUCUAUAGCAGUUGCAAAAUGAUAAAUUAAAAAAACUGGAAAAGAUUCCUUACAAACAGUUUUUGAUAAUAUUAAUAACAAAAUAAAAAUGAAUCUGGAAAUGAGAAACGGAAUUGUGGUAAUGAGGAGUUAAGUACAGAUUCCUUUUUUCCUGUCAGAGGUGACACCUCCCUUAUGUUCAUUGCAUUUGCCUAUCAGGGGAAAUACUUAUAAUCAUUUGAGCUACAUUUAUGUAACAUUUUAUUAUUCAAGUACAUGUAACCAUAUGCACUGACCUUUUUAAUUUAGCUUUUUCAUGGCAGUCAUUAUUUCUUCAUGGAAAAGUGUUAUUACCAGUUAAUAGUUCCUCUUGAUGUCUUUGACAGCUUUUGGCCCAUUCUUAUAUAGGAGGGUUCGAAAAAAAUCUAGUGUAGAAUUAUUAUGAUUAUUAUAGUGUUUGACUGUGGAAGGAAGGUCAGUUUGGGAAGUUUUUUUGUUGAUUCGAGACAUCUAGGUUCAUGAAAUCAGGAUUUCAGUAUACACAUUCACAAAAUUAUGUUGUUGUUCAAUUAUCUGCUAUGCAUAAUUUCAUCACACUUUGUAUUUUCGCAACAUAGAUGACAGGAUAAUUGCAGUACAUUUUCAUAAAUUUGUGUGCAUUUGGAUCAUUGUUGCCAAACUUGGUAUUUGCCAGUCUGGCUAAUAGAACACUGUUUGGGUGACCAACAGUUAGACAGUGAUUAUAAUUUAUUAAUUGUAUGUUCUUUGGAAAAAAUUGGCAAACAAGGUUAUGAGUCUCAGAGUAAAUUAGUCCAAAAUUACAGAAAAUGCAAAAUGCAAGUUUGUUAAUUUAACAGUCGCCUGGUUAGCUCAGUUAGGAGAGUGCUGGUCUGCUGGGCAGGAGGUCGCAGGUUUGAACCCUGGCCAGACCAACACUCAGGGACUCAAUUAAUAACUGAGAAGUUCUGCCUUUGCAAUGACAUCUGCAAACGAUUAGACUUUCUAGUCUUCUUGAAUAAGGAUGAAAAACCGUAGGUCCUGCCUUACAGCACUUACACUUAUCUGGUUCUUGUGGGAUGUAAAAGAACCCACACCACUGUUCAAAAAGAGUAGGGGACUCAGACCCUGGUGGUGUGGCCAACCUUCAUACAUCAUUCACAUCAUGGGUUGGGUGGGUACGGUGAGCUCAUAAAUGGACUGAUAGUGGCAGCCAGUGGCGCUCUUGUAUGCUGAUGUCUGAGUUUAUUAUUAUCGUGUUAAUAGGUAUUGUAAAGAGGAUGUGUCUGCUGUUCUCUCAUCCAUGACUUCUUCCUUCUUCCUUAAUUUGAUUGUGUUUUGCGAAAUAAAAUUGUUAGUAGUAGGAAUGAUAAUGACUCCCUGUAUAAGAAUGGGCUACAAAGUUGACUUGUAAUAUUUAAUAAUUAGUUCUACACACUUGGUAUAUAAUUUAGUGUUGACAGUUACAACAAUUAGUUAUGACUUGUCAUUUCAUUUGUCCCCAUAAUACAGUGCACGUUUGUAACACAUCUAACGCUUUUUGAUCAUCAGCUCACUAACUAGCACAUUGCUCACCCUGCUGGUUUUGACUUAUGUCUUCUCAUCUCUAAUCCGGCUUUCCUGUUUUCUUCAAUGACCAGUGUUCAUUUUCUUUUGAUUUUCUCUUCUUCCCUUGCAUUUCUUUCCUUUCAGACAAGCUUCAUCUGAUAUGCUCACUGUUGCCAUAUAUGUGUUGCAAUUGCUUUUCAUUGCAUCUGGUGUUUUACAAUAAAGCUCCUGCUAACUAAAUUUGAAAAUAUAUCUAUGUCUUAAGCAAAUUUUGUGCUGAUUCCAUACAGUCUUUUUUUCAGUCUGGUUAAAAUCUAGAAUAUCAACAAGGAUAUGCUGUUGCAUGUACUUGCCUUCCAUCAGUGCAAAUUAUCUUGAAUUCAAUAAUGCUCGAUCCUUCAUAACUGUACAUUUGUUGUGGUAUUGUUAAGUAGUGGUGGCGAUAUUAUGUAACUUUUUCUUAAAGUUCAAUCUGUUUUAAAAUGCUGGAAAUAAUGACAGAAUAUGGACUGUACAUACAUGUAUACUGAAAACAGCUCGUUACAAUUUACAAUAUUUAAGCACCUGUAAUGAACCAUUUUUUGGCUUGUCUUUUAUACAAACGCUUUCGUAGGGAGACAGUUAUGACAACAGCACAGAGUUUUUGCAGCAAGUCAAAGAUAUAUUUCGUUAUUUAUGUCUGUACCAGACAGUGACUUGACUUAUUCAUGCUUGUGACAUGUCAACCUGUCAUUUCAUUUGCCAGUUCUGUUGACCUUUUUGUUCAAACUUUCUCUUACUUUAAUGCCAAACUAAGCUGUUGUCUGUAGGGGCAGAGCCAAGGAAACAUGGCUUUCAACACUGAUUUUAUCUUCUCUUUUUCGUCGGCCAGUUCUAACAUGCAUUUUUCUCUUUCUUAAAUUUGUUUUGUGUUUGCCUUGUCUUUUUUCUUUUGCAUGCUUUUAAUUGUUAUGGCUCUUAUAAAUCCUAAAAUGUAUUCCAUUAACUGCGUAAUGAAAAUGAUCCUUAAUCAGAAUUGUAAGAGUUAAGAUCUAAUGGAACAUAUGGCAGUUUAAGUUGCUAUUAGUUUUCACUAUUUUUUUGCAGUUCCUAAUCCAAAGUAUAAGUUGGUCAGUGUAAAAGAAUAAUACAUAAAAAUGCUAAUUUGAAAGUUUUACAUCAAAUCUGCAUGGUGUGAUUUUCUAGCUGUUAAAUACAACAAAAACAGUAUGCAAAACGUUUUUGCGUUUUUCUUUGUAAUGAAAUAAUAUUCACCAUCCUUGACUUCAAUUAAAUAAGCAUCUAAUGUUGCUAAAUUAAAAUAAAUUGCUUUACAGUUCAUUGUUAGGUGCACUUUCUACUUGCAUGACACUCGUACUUUUAAGUUGUUUUAUUAUGAAGUGAAUUACUAUUGAUAUGAGUCUGUCACUGCAUGCUAAGUUAUUACCAAAUUGUGGAUUACUCACACAUUUUGUACAGUAGCUUUUCGAAGUUUCUCUGCACCCUACAUGAAUGGUGAGUGGGGUGUCUUUGCAUGUGCUUUUGCAUGUCUAACUUAAGCUGGCUGACUGACUAUACAGGAUGGCUCUCCGAGGUCUAUAUUCCUGGCUCAGGCAUUAAAGUUCCUGGCUCAAUUCAGGCUCCUGGUGUGUAUAUGCUGCUGGCUGCUUCUCUAGAUCUUAAACUCUUUAGUAUAUUCCUACAUACGUGUCUGUAACUGCACCCUAAAGUAGUUUAUAGGACAGUGUGAGACAAUCUAUCCCUCUAUAAUACUCUUCAGAGGUAAUGCAAUCUACCCUACAAUCCUUUGAUGUAAAGAGGUACAGUGUAACCCACUAUCUACCUGUGUAAGGGAAUGUAAUCUUCUUCCCUAUUCUAAUGUGUAAGGGGACGUAAUAUAUCCUACUAUAAAAAGGGAUUUUUUUUCUACAGCCUGCCCACCUUGUUUGUUGUGUAGCCAGGGGUGUAUUAGCUACUCUGAUCUACUAUAAUACUGAUUGUGUGGAUGGAAUCUCCCCUACUAUACUACUAACAAUGUGGAUGAAAACAACCCCUCUAUAUAACUGUGUCAAAAGAUGUAGUCUCCCCUCUGUACUUCUUAUUCUGUUAAGGGAUGUUAGCUACUUUUCUAAACUACAUUAUAACUGAAUGCAAACCCACCCUCUAGAAUUUACCAAAUGAUGCAAUUUUCCCCUCUUGCUAUUGCUGUCCAAAGAUACUUAGUCUACUCUUGUACACUACUGUCUAAAGGAAUGCAAUGUACCCUUCUACACGUAUGCUACUAAGGGUAAUUGAUGUUUGUUCACAUUACACCUGUAGUUUUCCCCUGUAUAUUGCUGUGUAGAGGAACACUAUGUCCCUCCCUGACACACUGUGAAACAAAUAACGCUCUAAGUAACUUUCUGUUGUAGGAUGUUUAAUUUUAUGUAUCACAACACGCUGUUCUGUUUAGCACUUUCAAUCUGGCUUUAUGAUCAUGAAACUGAACAGAAUGUCGUGAUUGGUUAUUCUUACUGCUAUUUCUCUAGAAAAGGCAUCUCUUACUAAAAGUUGCUUGCACACUUUCUACUUGUGAAACUGGUCAUCUGUCAUUCUGCUUUCCCUAUACUCUUGUUUUUUUGCUGUUUGCACUUUUCCAUGACCUUCUUGCUCGAGUUUGUCUAAAUGACCAUGCAAUACCCAUCUGUCACUGCUUUAAAGUUGUUGAUAGCAACAAUAACACAUGUUUUUUCUUUUGAAAUAAUAAUGGGUGCUGUAUUUCAUAUGGUUGUACUAGAGCAUCUGCAAAUCCUGCUUCUGAUAUACAGUCAGCCUGCCUGUGACCUAACCAGUGGCGCUGCCUACCGUUCUUCCGACAUAGGAGAGCAGAAGCCAUUAUGGUUUUGACUACUCAGGCAUGCCUGAAAAGUUGGCCUGCAUUCAACUUGACAGGCAUGCUUGUGGUAAAGAGCUGCAAUGACUGUUGUUGCUAGCAGGAUGUGCAUUGUGCUCCCAUUUGUCAAAACAGUAUCCCAGUGAAACAGGCAGCACAUGAGAACCAGUCUUGGGGUUUUUUAAAAUGUGCAUUAUAAGUAAUAUGGUAUAUCCAUUUUUUAAAUAGUCCCAGGUGAGAAUGACGGGGUGGCUAUGUAUAUAUCACGUGAAAGUGUGCCAGCUGCUUUACCUCAGGGAAAUGAACCAAUGGAGUGGAUCCAUUGUAUGUUAGUCAUUGAGUGGGGAUUGAGUGCACAUAAUAUGAUUUCAACAGUCAGGUUCCCUGGUUUUCUCCUGUGGAAGUUCCAGAGGGCUGCUCUCCAUUCCCAUUUGACCAAAAAAGGAAAUUGCAGGAAAAAUUGAAAAAUACUAACAACAAUCAAGCAAACAAACAUAUUUUUGACGAAAAUGCUAGCUGCCAUUGCAACAGUAUAGGGAAGAGAUACUAGUUUUGACUUGUUACCUUUAUGCUGUUUUAAACCAAUGUUCAAGGAGAGUCCUUGGAGCCUGGCUGAUCACCCUUGUAGAAAAGUGCAAUAAUUACUUCACGAUAGUGCACUGUAGUCUUAAGAAACAAGAUACUGCAUGUCACAUCAGUUUUAAGCUUGAACCAUGCUAUUGAUCUUUUUAUGCUUGAAGAGAAAUCAAAUAGUUGCAUUGACCUUUGAAAGAAAAAAUUCAACUUGAAAUUGCUUUGAAGCCACGUACAAAUCUCCCAAGUUGUAAUUGCUCUUGGUUACAUUUAUGAGGCCUCUCUGUUUUAUGGUUUAAGCUUGAAAGUUACUUGUUUUUUGAAUAAUUAUGUAUAAGCUUAAUACUGUACUCACUUGAAAAUUUUUGUUAAAUGUAUUUGUCCAUUUUGUUUUCUUUUGCCUUUUUUUGUUUAUUUGCUGGUGAUCACUGUGAAACAUGUCGGGGUGACAUCGGCCUCUGAAGUUCAUAAAUAUCCUGCUGAUAUUGGUAAAUAUGUCUUUUGAGUUUAACUCCUGGUGCCUUAUGCUGCUUGCUAUUGUGUUUCCGUGUUUCAAUGAUCAUUUUGUUUAGAAGUUUGGAAAAUGUUUCUUCCUUCACUUCUAUGGAAAGUGGUAAGGUGAGGCCAGAAUUAAAAAUGGAGGCAGUUGUAAUUUCAUUUUGGCCUUAAAACACUUAAAAACAAACAUCUAGAUGUGAAAGAACUACUCAAGAAAAUUUUGUAACUUUGAUGUACAAAUUGUUGUUAGGUAGACUUACGUCAAAUAAAGGUUGCUUUGUUGCAUGACUGCAAUGAUAUACCUUGUGAUGAAGAGCCAUUAAAAUUUUUUCAUGCCAAGCAAAGGUCUAAGUUUUAAACAAAACCGGUUUUCAAUACAGUGGGCCAAAGUAUGAGACAUGGCGAAAACACAAUGGCAAGUACAAAAAAUCAUCCAUCCUUGUUAGUACAAACGUGGCACAGUAUACUCACACUAUACUACUUGACGUUCCACUGCUUGUCAUACCUGUAGCAUCAUUGUCUAAGCACGUUGAUAAUCACUUCAACUACCACUUGUUUUUACUUCAAACUAAGACCCUUCUGGCAGUUUGUGGUUCAUUGCAUUUAUAAAUGAUAAAUCACCUUUACGAUCAUAUGAUGCCUUCAAUCUAGCAACUCACACAGCACAUCAAGGUCACUUGUUUUGUUUAUGGCACAUUGUUUUACACUUUAAUGAUUGUUUGAUAGACCUGUUGCUACUGUCAUACAAAUGCAUUGUCCUCCAUUCCUUCAUAUAACUCAGCAUACAAUACCAAACCAUAUGCUUUGCAACGGUAUAUUUGAAAACAGUCGUUAAAUCGUUUCAACCUUCUACUAGUUUAGCUACAGUAGGAAUUAAAUUAAUUUUUUAAAACUCUCUUUCCACAUUGGGUAAGUUAAGUAAACACCAUCGCCAACAAACUUGGUACAAUUUCUCCCCCACUAUACUACUUUCAUUCAACAAUUUAUGAUUUCUCAGCCUUUUUUGGACUGAAACCCUUUUCACUCUAGGUGAUCAAAAUUCCAGAAAAGCUACAACUUUCAUUCUUUAAAAUCCUUAAAAACAAAUUUCACAACACAGAAGGAUUACCAAAGAGAUUUUUUAAACUUUUUUUGGCCACAUUAUUCAGGAUGUCAUCUAUAGACUCAAAAGUAAGAAGAACAUACUAAAAAGAAGUACUGAAUGAAAGUACUGCCAAAGUGGUAGAUACCACAGACCAAAAGUUGGAGCUUCAUUCAAUUUCUCAGCAAUAGAGAACUUUUCCAACUUUUGACAAGCACCAGUUAGGGAAAAACUGUCGUCACUUCCGGAAAGAGCGCCUUCAAAUUAAACUUGCUAAGUUUGAAAGUGAUACAUCUUAAAUGAGUGAACAGAUAGCUCCUCAGGCAAGUUUGUGCCCCUCACCUUAUAUACAAACGUCACUCUGUAAAUUAGUGACUUUGAGGAGCUAUAUCUUCAUUAAUAUCAUAGGUGACGAAUUACUCCUUAAUUUGGCGCGAAAUUUCAGUGUUAAUUUGUAAUUUCACAUGUGAAAUUACAAAAUUGCUAUGGGAACCUUCUGUACGUCUCAGUGUCAAGAUGGCGACAAAGUUUUAAAAAGUCAUGAAUAAAGAUGUCAGGGCACAAAAAGAUGCUUUAGAAAACCUGAACACACGAAAGAGCACAUCAAGAAGGAUUCUAACAGGUAUUUUGUCGAAAAACUCUGAACUUAAGCCAAAUUUAAGUGCUAAACGUUCGAGAGAGUGCAGCUAGGGGUUCUCGAUUGAUACGAUCGAGAAUAAUAAUUUCCCUUGCCUAAAGGCUCGGGAAAUUAUAAGGAUUUGGACAAAACGCAUGUGAAAUUAUUCCCUAAUUUCACUCGUCACCAUUUGAUUACACAUACUAAUUUUCAACAAAUCACCUAUACAAAUUGGCAGUUUUACUAAUUUAAAAGGGCUCUUUCGAGCGUAGUUGACAGAUUUUCCCUAACUUGUCCAUGUCAAAAGUUGAAAAAAUAUGUGGAAAGGUCUAUUGACUGUGGGAGGGAAAUUGUUGACAAGGAUUCAGAAGCAAAUGCACCAGAUAUUGGAAGGUUGGCACUUGUGCUGCACCCCUCCAUGAUAAAACAUUGCGGAGUCUUCCAUGCAUGGAAAGGUAGUCAUAAGUGUAUACUUACAGUCAUGCUGUCUUGAACCAACAGCAGCUCAGAAUCACAAUUAACAUACAUAUACUCUUACAAGUGCCAAAACACUUUAAUUUCAUUUCACCCAGAAAUUAAGCCCCAGUUCAUUCCCUGUAAAUAAUAAUAACACUUUUUUGAUGCUCUCUAAGAUUUAGACAGUAGAAGCAGUGUUAUUCUUGCAUGAUAUUUUAUGUACAAAUGCAUGUUGUAGUUCUUCCAGGAGUUAGAUUCACUGCUGUAAGAUUGCAUUUUCUCUUUCACUCCCUUGAUAUUAAUUUACACGUAGCUGUUUUGAACUUUAAAGGUUAUAAAAGUUCGUGGUAAGUGUGGGUUAAUCUUAGUCACCAUUUUGGCAGCCUUGCCACUCACAGAAGUUGAACUUGUUAUGGAUGAGUUAGUGUCAGCCCUUCAAGCUCUCUUUUGAAGCAGAAAUGCUUAAGGAGUUUAAUUACAGCUUUUAUUGAGGGCCUACUGAGACAACUAAAUUUAAAUACAGGACAAAAAACGACAUAAAUUAUAGCUGUAUUUUUGGGAUAUUCAGUCAUUCAUGAUAAUGUCCUAUUUUUAUAGCUCUUAAAGACUGUGAAUAGACCCUUCCUAAAAACGGGUUUUGCAAAUUCUUUUCGGAAGUUUUUUAGUUCUUUCAAUGAUUUGAAGUCUUUGUCAGAAAACAGAAUUGUUUUCAUUCCAUCAGACCUGAUUUCAUAUUUUAAAAUUUUAAAUGUUUUACUCAUACUGAAAUGCAUUUUCCUGUCUUAUGUAAUGUGUUUUGUAAACUUGAAAUUAAGUGCAACCUCACCAAUUACAUGGCCAUCAAAAUCAUGAAUCUUUGCAAAGAUCUGAGUCACGGGAAUCAGAGAGUUCAAUUUGAUUUUCUGCUCAUUCUAUUGAUUUUCACAUUUCUUAGCCUGCGAAAGCAUCCGUUUCUCCUUCGCUCUACGAAACGUCCCCAGCGGCGUAGAGCGAAGGAGAAACGGAUGCUUUCGCAGGCUACACAUUUCUGGAAGUUUGAGGGAGUGAAAGAGUCAUUUGUUAACCUCUUUUUUGCACAAUAUUAAUUUCAUUUGCACACACUUUUGCAUGUUGCAUGGCACACUAACUGCAUGGCAUUGUUAGAACUGGCUGACUGAACCAAUUGGCUAAUAACUGUUUUGAGUUCGUUAAUUUGACAAGCAGCUGGACUAGGCUUUUGGACAGGAAUUCAGCAUGCAUGUUUAACAACGUACUUGUAUGUGGUGUUGUAACGAGUGACUACUACUUAAUUUGAUGUUACCUAUACCAUCUUAUUUACAUAUUACCACUACAUAGGUAGUGAUUUGUUUGAUUUUCCCACUUUCUUGGCCUUGAGAAAAAAGGAAAUCCAUUCAUCCCACUUUGAAUGUACAUCUUUUUUCCAGCGGAGAAAUUUAGAGUAUAUUCCAUGCUUGUUCCAGGUUUAAUUUAGAGUGAUAGAUGGGUCUGUGUGUGAGUUUGGAUGUUGUUCUGAAGUUAGUCUAAAUAUCUAAAGGUAGUCUGAAUAACUGUGUUAAAUUACCUACAAAGUUCGAGGUAAAAGUUGUUUCAGGUGUCAGACUUUUGGGCGUAGAUAUAGUUAUCAGAAUUGCAGUUUUGUUCAGAAGAUGAAUGACUCCACUUAGCUACAUGAGUUGUUAUUUGGGGUUCAUGGAGGUGUUGGAGUUUGCAUGUUUGAGUUGUGCUUGUUAAUUAAUGUUUCUAGGUUUCAUGCCAACAUUUGGCCCAUGUUGGGUAAACCUUUAUGGAUCUACCAGAGACUACUCUCUGUUUGAUGAACACAAUGAUCUUAACAAUGGAUUGGUAAGUGUUUUAGGUCCACAACCCCUGUGUUUGUGUAAUUUUCAAAACUUAAUGCAGUGUAUUUGCCUUCAGAAAACAAGGUAGUAUUAGUUUCUUUGUCAAGUUGCAAUCGACGUUUUGAAUAGUUCUUUUUAUUCUGUGUAAAUGGGAAGGGGUUAAGCAGUUAUUUUUUGCAGCUAUGGUCAGCAUUUACCUGAAAUUAAGACUUAAAGCAGCACACAUAGAUGUUUGACAGAUGAAAUUCCAGGAUGUUGGUUGGUCAGACAUCAGAUUUGUGGCUUCACAUGCCAAUUGUUAGGGAGCUUGAACAUUAAAAUGCAGCUGCAUCAUUUUUUUAAACUUCAUCAUUCGCGGUUGUCAAAACUCGUUAAAGUUGGCAAAUAAACAAAGAUUUUCCUAAGCUAAACCCUUAGGGACUGCUCUCUAACUGAGGAAAAGAAAGAAAAAUGUUUCUUUGCAUGAGAAAAUGUCAUGUAGAAGUACAUAUAAAUUAGUGACGCAAAUGAAGUGCACCAAAGUGUGUAUUCCAUGUGCAGAGCUUUUGAUUUUGUGACGUUCUCAUUCACAUGAUGAUUGUAGUCUUGCUUGAGCUCCUUACUAUGAAAAGCGGGAAGGCAUAUAAACAAUAUACUAAAAAAUAUAAAAUAAUUUACCGUAAAAUUCCGAAAAUAAGCCCCGGGGCUUAUAUUUUUCAAAGGUCCUUUUUGAGGGGCUUAUAUUCGGAGGGGCUUAUCUAUGAAAGGCAAUCGAUUGGGCUAGCCUUAUAGUUGGAAGUAAAUUUACCAUUGUUGCUUUGUUUCACUUUGUAUUUGAGCGCAAUUUUCCAAGUACAAGCCCCCGGGGGGCUUAUAUUAAGAGGGGCGAUGUAAAGGAGGGUUUUUUUGCGUUACCGGAUUGGGGGGCCUAUAUUUGGAGGGGCUUAUACAUGGAGGGGCUUAUUUUCGGAAUUUCACGGUAUAUGAUGAAGAUAUAUAAACUGUAGAGCCAAAAUUAUUUGCCGACAAAUGUAUGGUGCAACAUGUUUAACUAAUCAGGGAUGUCCACUGAUGUCCAUGCUGCACUUUUGUUUUUUAGGGAGAGGGGGUGGCAUACAGAGGGAGACUUCUGAUGGCAGUACAAGCGGAAUUUGGAGAAUCUGCCUCUGAAUCAGGCAUUCGACAGGUGGAAGUAGAGCCUACUGCACCGAUCUCUGAUGUAAGUUUACUGAAUGUUAUUUUGAGCUGUUUUUAUUCUUGGAACACACCUGUUAAAGGACGGGAAGCAUCCUUUUGACUGGUACAUGUGUUAGUGUCUGAUGCCAAAGUCAUGAUCCUGCAAGAGAACCCAACGUAGGAUCUUCGUUUGGUUAAACUAAGAUUUGAUGAACUUAUUCAGAAUAAAGCAGUCUAAGUGAAAAACUCUUUGUGUGAAACAUCUAAAGAUAUUUCCACAAUUUAGGCCUAAAAGCCCACAACACGCCUUGUUUACCCCCUAAAACUUUGCAUCAGAAUUGUCUUCAGUUUCUCCUCGGUAUUACGUAAUUUUCUGGAUAUUGGCAGUUAGUAGGCGGGGAUUUGAAUACGAAGGAAGUUGUUUUAGUUAUUGUUUACUAAGAAAGUUGCGAGAGGAUCAUGCUCAUAGAAGCCACGGAAAAUCCCUGGCACCUGCAAUUGAUAAAAGUCAUGUUAGGUCGUCCCAGGAGGAAGCUAAAACAGUGCUUAUGCUAAAUUUUUGAGAGUAAGCAAGGGUUAUCACGGGCAACGUGAAAGUGGCAAAUGAUAUGUUGACCUACUUGUCGAUUGUUUUUCGAAAUAGUUUUUGAAAAGACCUUUGAUAUACAGUAGAGCUGAGUUUUCUAAUAUUUGGCGUAAAUUGUUGUAACAUUAUCUUGCAGUUUCUGAUUAAAAACUGUCUCCAAGCCUUCUCUUAAUGAGAAAUCGUAGUCACUAGACUUACUUUCAAAGAUACUCCUUUAUGGUCUUUCAUUUAAAUUUUUGGCGUCUUGAAUUGUGACUUCCCUAAUAGUUGUGACCAUGCUUGUAUUUAUAGACCGCAGCAGGCAAGGAGGAUCAGUUUCAAUUGUUUGCUUGUUUCUAUGAAGCUAGCAUGAUUGAGAGGAAAGUUGGAGACAAGAUGAUACAAUUUGAAAUGAGUAUUGGUAAGUGUAGAAAUGUUGCUCUUUCGUUUAAAAUACCAUAGUCAUGAUCUUCUUCUUAGAGGGUGUGUAAUGACAUAUGUUAGUCAUCUAUGAUAUUCAAACCUGUUGACCAACAACAACAUCAACAAAAAACGUGAUCGUAAGGAUUGUAAACUUAGACCUGUAGAUAAUUGUGUCGUACAGUUGAGAUGGUUUUGGCUUUUCCAGAAGCUUUGGUCAUAUGAUGUUCGAGGAAUGCGAUGUUUGAGGUCAUAGUUCAUAGUUCCUUGUCAUGCGUUUUAUACAUGAGUCUCCGGGCAACCCUAUCCCACGCUAUGACACUAAUAAAUUAAUUGAUUGAUGGAUUAUGACACGAGAAACGUGACCUUUUCUUCUUUCUUAGUAUUGAACUCUUGCAUCUAAUCUUUUCAUGAUUUGUAUCAAACCAUUUUGGUUUGGAUCAAACCAAAGUUUAUCAAUGCACCAUUAUACAACGGCAAAGUAUCCACAAGGAAAGUUGUUUCCACAGAUCAAAUAAUUAUUUUAAACUAUAAUUUGUUGUGCUAUUGACUAUUCAGGUAAUUUUGGCAACACAAUUGAUGGACAAGCUUUGCCAGGUGAGGUGGUGGAUGAGGUGAGAAGAAAUGGUGAGAAUCCAUUCAUUCAUCCACUGACCCCACCUGUGAAGCCCGUAACCAAUGACAGACAGUACUAUCACAUCCCAUGGGAGGAUUCCAAGCCAUGCACACACAUCAAAUUCACGUGGCAAGACCAUCGUAGACGACUCUACAACUCUAAUGUGCUGCUGAAGAUCUGUGAGAGGCUGGUGGGUAGUUUGUUUCAAUCAUUCAAUUAAUCCUUUAAGUUGCAAGACAUCAUCUAGAGAAAAUGUUGUGAGAAUUAGUGAAAUGAUCAUCUGAUGGGAAAAGUUUUGAUCAGCAAACAAAUUCUCUCAACCAAUUUUUUAAGGAAAUGUAUGGAGAUCAGUCUGGAGAAUUUGUAUUUGAAUUUUGGGGCUUGAAGAGUUAACAAAGAGUGAGUGAGUGGGUGAAUGAGGUAGGCGGUCAGUCGAUCGACCAAUCAAUAUCAAUCACUGUAUUUGCAUUUGAACUGGAACUCAACCCAAAGAAGUAAUUCAUGAGAAUUUGUGAACUGCACGGCAUAGAGUGCUUGCUAAGAAAGUGUAGCCACACACAUGUAAUGCGACUGAACCUCAAAGGCGACUUUUGUCAAUCAAAUGAGAGUAGUUCCCCACCGAUCCUACCUUUUAUGGUGACUGGUAUCUGAAAGGCUUGCUUUUAUCCGUUCCAGUAGUCUGUACUUAAUUAUAAAUGACAUAUUGCUGUGAGAUGUCUGCACACUACUUGACUAGCCUAAUUCAUUUCGGAAAUGAAUAUCGCAGUUAAGGAGUUCGAGUUCAGAGCAUUGUGGUGUUUGAAGGGAAGAGGUACCCUAUGUACACAAAUGCUACAAUCAUGAUUUUAUCAUGACAGGAGGAUGGCUUGACGGAUUGUCUUGAGAGAGUGAAGAUGGACUUGCCCAAUACUUACAGAUGGCUCAGUAGAGUCCUGGCUGAACUUAUCAAUGGCUGCAAGUAAGUGAUUGAUCCUUUUACCGUUAUCCCUCUCAUAAGCCCAUCGUUUAGAAAAGAAAAGCUAUCACGCCCGCCCCUUUCCUCUCCUAGCUCUGCUCUUUUCCCUUCACAACAAAGUUAGCAGAUGCCUGAUCUGAUGAAUGAAUACGGUCAGGUCUGUUGCUUGCACUUAUCAGAAUGUUAUACAGUAGUUGGCAUCUCUCUAAUCUCUAUGACAAACAGUCAUUUCCUUAUCCAAACAUGAAUUAUAGUUAGGUACCAUGCCUCUAGUCCCUAUAAGUUACAUUCUGCUACCAGUAUUGAGUCGCGUUAAUUUGAAGAGCUCCCUUUUACCCUCUUCCAGUAAGUCGCCUGGUCCUAACUUUCUCUAAAAGUUACUCUCUAAAACGUUCUUGAAAAUAAUACGCCCAUAUGCGCCCACUAUCAUAACUCAAACUUCUCCUCGCCAAUUUCCUCUGAUAGUUUAGUAAAGGUGGAUUGUCGAAUGUUCUGUCCACUUGAUUCAUCUCUAUCCAGGAUAACGCAAUUGGUUUCCCUUGCACUAUCUACCUUUUAAACAGUCGGGCCAGGCGCGUAACUGCUUUGUAUUCAUUGUCUACAGCCAGUACCUCAAUUUAGUGAAGUCAAUGCCAUCUGCUGGUCAUGUGGGACGCACCAAGCUGGAUAAAGAGAGGCUGAAGCUGUGCCAGUAUGAGGUAGAAUCUGUCUGUCAGUCAGCUCAGGAGCUAAAGGGAAGCACCAAGGAUGAUGGACACAUCAAGGACAAUCUCAAAGCAGCUAAUGCGCUGCUUCAAAGACUUCUGAACAUUGCUAUUGAGGUAUGUGUUUUUCUAGAGUAUCUCUAGUCAUUGUUAUCAGACCAGUCGCUUAGAAGCUUUGCGGCAUUUAUUUUGUUUGCGCAACCCGAGCUUCACCUCGACCGAUCAUUUCUUAGAGUUUCUUAUUUGUCCCGUUACUGUUUGCUCUAUGGGUCUUGUCUUUUUUUGCUGCAUUGAAAGCAAUCGCACAGCUGAACGGGUACAUCUGAAAUAUAAAGUAAUGCAGGACUUGCAAUCGUACAAUCCCCAUGACUAAAGAGUUGUAAAUAUAUGCCACUUUGAUUUGUAGCCACAAGAAACCACUCCUGAUGUGUUUAUCUGGAUGUUGUGUGGCGGCAAAAGAGUGGCUUACACUCGCAUUCCAAGUCAGCAUAUUGCCUACUCACUAGUUGAGGAAGAGAGAGGGAAGGAUUCAGGCAGGAUGCAGACUGUGUUCCUCAGAGUAAGUUUUUGAUAGCCUGUAAUGCAGGCGUAUUUAGGAGGGGGUGGGGGUUUUGGGGGCGAAAGCUGCUUCACUACGUGCGUAAUGCCGUGCCCGUCAUCUUUGCCCUUAUUACUGAGGAAGAUAAGAGAGUCGUACAGAGUGGAGUGGCAACCUCCUUCCCAGGGUUCUCUCCUACCUGUCCUGGGAACGAGGUUGAAUGGAGUGGGUGUUAGGGCAACAGACAGAAGGAGUCCCUCUCCCCGCUUAUCUCCCCGCCCCCUUGGACUCGCCCCAACUCCUCCACCUUUUGGAAUUCAACAAAAAGAGUUUACUUAAACAGAGAGAAGAAAAUACCUGCAAUGCAGGGUUAAUUGUAUUCGCAUAUGAGGUAUUCUCUGGUUUUAUUGCCCAUCCACUUUCACUAAAACAGAUGUCCACCCGACUAGCGAGAAGUGCAUCUGACCAAUAGCAAGAAGUCUUGCCCGUACAAUUCCUUUGAAACAGCUGUCUUCUUAUGGUCGAUGGUGGGAGGGUACUUUCAAAGUGACAUAAAAUAGGAAAAAUCGGCGUCAUAAUAGCAUAACUGACAUCAUUACAUAACACAACAUACGUAAUGAUAACUAAACUGAGCGGGAAGGAAAUUUGGUCUGGAAUCAUGCGCGUGAUUUCAAAUCGCGCGUUCGUUCGACACGAAGUUCGAUUACCACUUUAUUACAUCCAUUUCGAAAUCACGCAAUUAAAUCGUCUAGUUGUCUUGAACCCUUCAGUGUAUUAUAGAUGUGCCCGCUAAGAAUGUGUUGACCGUAAAUAUAUUGGGGAAUUUUAAAAAUUGUUUUACUUAUAUUCCUCAGCUUCCAGGCAAGCGCGGUGACGGUCCAAAAGGCUGGGCAAUCCAGGCAAAGUUAAAUAUCAUGAUCUGGCUUGGUCUGCACAAACACAAGAAGGACUAUCUCAAGGAUGCACCUAAAGGAUACCAAACGGUAAAAUAAUGAUUAAGAAGUUCGUCUUCUUAAAUAUACUAGGCUUAUUUAGCAACAGAACGGGGACGUCAUUUGGCGACGGGAAAUUGCGCAGAAAGGACUAAACUCGACUUCCGGUGCCUAAUUUACCGCUCUGCCAUUGGUCAAGCCAGUUGUUUGAUUUGCGCGCGCCGUCGUCAACGGACGUCCCCUAAAGAAGACAUAGGAUCAAGGCUCUUUUUUGCACUGAAUGGAGUCCUUGAAAAAUGGGGAAUGUGUCCUUGAAAGUCCUUGAAUUUUCUGUUCAAAAAAAGGAACGAACCUCGUUGCUCACCAAAUCCAUCGUGGGUAUUUGCUUUUUUGGUUUAUUAAUUUGUGGUGAUAUCCUCCUUUCAGCCAAAGAAUGCCCACAAACUGAUGGCUCCCCCGCCAAAUCAUCUGAUCUACACAGGUAAUAUUUAUCUACACAUACCGGCUACAGUUGCUCUCGCCUUCUUUUUUGAUAACAUCUUGACCGAUGAGAAGUAUCAGCAACCCUGAAUGUUUUUCCUCUUCGUUUUUGUUUUAGAGAAGCAAAAGUUUAUUUUGCGGGCGCAUAUUUACCAGGCAAGAAGCUUAAUCGGUAGUGAUGCUUCAGGACUUUCAGGUUAGUGAUGUUUUCAAUGCCUUUGACGCUUUCAGUGCAAACUCGUUCAACAAAGAAGUGGAAUCACUGUAGUUGAUCUAUAAUCAAACAUCACUGUGUUGUUGCGCUGUGUUUCCUUUACACUUUUAAGUGGUUAUAUGCAUGGCAAAGGGUUGAACUUGGGUUAGGUGACGUGCUGACUGACGCUAAGGAGUAAGUAGCGGAACAAGAAUGUCCCAGUACACUGAGGUAUCCAUAACAACUCAGACAUGGCCCAACACACAGGAACCUGUCUCACUCAGUUGUAUAGCAGACAAACUGGCAAGGGAUGGGGAUACGAAAGGAUACGCCUCGAGCUAGUUGAAAGCAAUCCGCGACUAACAGCAAAUGCAAGCAUAAUAGUGUUGGCAGGCGAGACAUUAUGCUGAGUUUACCCUGCUGCUUAGGGCGCUCUGCACAUCUAUGCAGGCAAUAACCGCUGACGUUCAAAUGUCUCGAGUUUAACUGUACUUAAAUAGCAUUUAGCCCCAAUUAAUUUGAUGUUUGAGUCAAUCUGUCAUUGAUCUGAAAUUGCAUAAAACUGCAUCACCUACAACCCCAGACAAAAUAGUUGUUGGGACACUAGGUCGAUUUCCCCUGCCUCCCCCUUUGCAAAGUUGAAAAUACCUCAAGCUUUCCCAGACUGGGCUUUCUACCAACACUCGAGGGGGCGAGGGGACUUAACUGUGUAUGCCCAAAAAAUUGGAAAUGUGCCUGUUUUUUUUUUUUUUUGACCAGGGUUGUAGCUUCUUUUAACUAUUGCCUUGUUUCUUACAUGAAAGCUUGAAAUCUUUAAAUAGAGGUUUAAAAGAAAGUCCCUAAUUAAUGACUGUCUUGGCCCUUUGAUAGAUGCCUUUGGGCGCGUGAUCUUCACGCACCUUGUGGCCGAUACACGCGUGAUCUGGGAAACAAGGAGUCCAACCUGGGACCAGAUGCUGAUGUUCAAAGAUCUAAUUUUGUGGGGAGAUGUAAAUGAAAUCGCUGUGAAUCCUCCCACGAUUGUGAUUGAAGUAUUUGACAAGGAUAUUGGGGUAUUGAAUUCAAUGUAUUGUUUAGUAGCACUAUAAAUACAAAGAACCGCACAAAAUUGUGCCAUGCAGAGGUGAAGAUCGCUUUGUCUUUACGUCAGCCCCUAGGAUUAGUGUACUUGGGUUCUUUAUUUUCAAUCAAGUUCUCAACCCCUUUUGACGUUACAAAAUGUUCAUUAAAAUCUUGUACAAUCAACUCUCGCCUUGUGGACACCCUGUUAUAACGGAUACCCCGAUGAUAAGGACAGCAGCUAAAUCCCACCCAAAACUAAUUUAUAGCUGUUUGAGUGAAAUCAACUGUCGCUAUUACGGACACUCGCUAAUGAGGACACCAGCUCAAGGUCCCUACAGUCUCCGCUGUAAAGAGAGUUUACUGUACUGGGAAGUGGUACCACGCCCUCGUCCUCGUACCCAGGGUCCUCUCCCACUCUUCCCCCGGGGAGCACCCUGGGAAGGAGGUUGCCACUCCCCUUAAAUUGUUGAAGUCAGACUAUAACGUUCCUCAUUGCCUUGGCCUCUUAACUCCCUAUAUUAUAAAAUGUGUCACUUGCGUUCACAAGGACACAUCGUUUAACGCAACCAAACCAUAGUGAAAACUUAUAAGCCAGUCGCUCAGUGGCAGGCGUGUCAUUGUUCCGUGAAAAUCUGAAGCCAACACUUACUGGCGUCACUUAGCGCAGAAAAAUGCGUGUAAAAAACUUCAAAAACUUUUAUUUAGUUCUGAUUGGCCGGGAAAGGGGCGCCAGAUAUUUGUGCCAAUCACAGCGUUGGACGCAAAGAAAUUGCGAACUUACCUUUGUUACUCAAUUCAAAAACGCCUUCUCUUUCUGCUUGUUUUACCCAGGGUGACUCAGAAUUUAUCGGCCGCGCCUUGGCCCGCCCAAUCGUCAAAAUGGCUUGUGAACCUUACGAGAAGCCAUUCUUUCCACCCGCUUUGGAAUGGUUCCAGAUCUUCAGAGGGGAGGAGAAAGCAGGAGAACUGCUGGCAGCAUUUGAACUUCUUCAGGUUGGUUGGUUAGACCUGUUCAGUAGGUUGUGGGUUUCAUGUAGAAAGAUGCAACCCAUACAACAUCUAACAUCUUAAAAAUUUGUUAAAUAAGUGUUAGCGCGUUCCACUGCGUCACCCUUGUCUUCCUUAAUAAGAGUAACAUUGAUGACCCAGUAUAGUUUUGUAAAAUUCAGUAACCCAUCACUUGGUGUGUUUUUAAAGAGAUCAAGCAUUCCACGAUUAUCGCUCAUUACCCUUCUAGCAGAGGUUUCUUUCCAAGGCGGUUUUUAGCCUGUACGAAGUCGUUCGCGCCGCUGACAUUCGCGUAGUUGGCUUGUGUACGUCACCGAAGGUGGCGUCUCUCUCUUUUUGUUUACGCUCUCGUGCAGCGGCGUAAACGACUGUAAAACUGCGUUUUAGAAGGUAGUUACAUAAUGGUCUAUCCUAUUCUGCAUACCUUGCCUGUUAAUGCUCUGGUUAAAAUCCUGGCCUUAAAAUAACACAUGAGGUUAAUCUUUUUUAAUUCACGUUUUGUUGAAAUCAUACGUGUACACUUAACUGUUUCAAGCAUAUUCCAAAAGCAUCGCGUUUUUUAUACGAAGAGCGGUGUUUAAGACUGUUGUUUCUUUGUCUUCUUUUUAGUUAUCCGAAGGUACAUGUUUCUUGCCGACUGAAGUGGAGCCUGUUAACACUCCAGAUGGACCAAUAACCCCUGUACCAGUAGGAAUCAGGCCUGUAAUGAGGAAACACAGGAUUGAGGUACUGAAUUGUUUUCGUUCGUCGUGGACGCGUGAGCUGACAAAUGGUCAAAACAUUGGCUGAACCCAAAAAUAAUUUUGUUCUCUGAGUCAAUUCACCUUUCCUCCCGUUUACCUACCUCUCUGAUAGAUUACAGCUAGGUGGUGUCAUAUUUCAUCUAUAACCCUUCUAUCAAACACCGGGCACAGUAUUCCAUCAUAUAUCAAACCCCCGAGAAGAGAGUUGAAAUUAGGAUUGAGAGAAGCCGAGUUUUCGUUGUCACGUACUUCGAUGUGUUUUGGACGUGGUGACACACUGCGUCAAGUAUUUGAUAAAACCUCUCGAACAAAGCGAUAUUUGAAGAGAAACUGCAGGAUGCUAACAGGAAGAACUUACUGUAACCAACUCAGCCCAUGAUAUACACUACGCCACCGGCGGAAACGUGCACCACUGUCUUCGAACAGCAGUGUGGGUCGUUUAAUGACCCCUUCCAAUGACUUGACGGGAUUACCUGAACUGAGACAAGAUCUUUAAGACCGCCUAAAGACCCUUGCAAGAUAUUUUAUUAACCCUGGUCUCACGCGGUUAGCGUACUCACGCGUGAUGACGGCUCUAGUUAACGUCACCUUCUUGUAAGUGUAGCUAGUAACACCAUGUAAUUAACGUUCAUGAUUUGUUCAUCAGGUGUUGUUCUGGGGUGUGCGUGAGAUGAAGAGGAUCAAUCUGACCACUGUUGACCGACCCCAGGUGGACAUCGAUCUUGCUGGUCAUGUGAUCCAAUCAACUGUUAUUGCCAAUGCUAAGAAGAACCCGAAUUUCCAGAACCCGGUCAUUUUCUUUGACGUGGUAAGGAAGAUGUUUUAUCGUUCAAGUAGUACUUUUGCUGAUGCCUCUAUUGGUGAAAUACAAGGGGUAGCAGCGACAAUAGAGAAGAAUGACUGGUUGUACAGGGUGUUGGAUUCUAUAUAAAUUAUCCCUGAAAAGCCCUGAGGGAAGUGGAAAAUAGGAUCAAUUGACAAUCUACAAUUUAAGGCUGUAGUAUAUUUAGUGUUAUCAUUUUGUGCUGGCUAACAUAUUUCAGUAACACAUUUCAGUACUACCGAUAUACACUGUUUCUCAAAUUAUCAAAUUCAAUACCAAACGUUGUGCUGUUGACUUCUGUGAAAACUGGACCACACAAUUGUCAUCUUACCUUGGUGUAUUCUUUUCCCAAACCCGAAUUAUGAGAACCGAAGUAACUCGUUUGUGAGUCAAAGUUACUUUUUAAGUUAAAAGAGCUCACACUGUUCUUUCACAGGAACUUCCAGAGAACGAGCGUUACUGCCCACCGCUGACCAUCCGUGUAAGGGACUGUCGUACAUUUGGUCGGUUUACACUAGUUGGUACGCAUGUGCUAAACUCGCUUCACCGCUACUUACAGACUGGAGAGAAAGAGAAGGAAAAGCUUGAGAAAGCAGGUGAGACGAAUCAGACAUUCUAAUAAUAAUAAUAAUAAUAAUAAUCCUGAUGAAAAUUUAUCAUAAUUCCUUUGUGAAAUUCAGUCGACCGAUACAAGUUACCACACGAGGAGACAAUUGCUUACAAAAUCGUCAAUACUAGUUACUCCUUAUUCAAUAAAUAUAGUGAUACAUACUACAUAAGCUAUCAAUAAAAACAGUUCAAAAGGAUGUCUUAUGGCUCUUUGACUAACGUUCAAUUGUGCAGACGAAGUCCUAAAUUGUGACCAUUGAACAGCUAUAUUCUUGUGUUAUUGCACAGGCGGCCCAAACUCACGUUGCGUGGGAAGGGUGAAUGUAAUUUACAUAACAUAUGUGACGCGCUGGUGUCGCGUUACAGGCGACCGUUUAAAAUAUAAUUAUAAGAGACUUUGUAUGGGAAAUAUAUUACUGAGAUCUGCGAACGCUAAAUAACGCUAAACCUUACUUUUUCUUAAAUGAAAUGAAUAAAAAAGUCUUACCUGCAAUCUAUUCCGCUGCGGUUUGGUGUCUGUUUGUCGUUUUACUGUUUUUUUGGCUUUAUUGCGUAACCACUGUUACUCCUUUCAUAGAACGAAGUGAAGGCUGGUCACUUCCAUCUGUCGGGGUCCUGGACCAGUCGCCAAAAAAAUGCCGUUUUUUUCGCCGAAAUUCAAAUCCGCUGCAAAUUUUUCAGCUCCAGCCCAAGAAGGAAACCUCUUCUUCCUCUCUGAGAGAUCGGCUCGAAAAAAAAUCCAUAAUUUCCCCAUCAAAUCGAGCCAUUUGUGCUGGACUUCGAGGCAAGUCUGGCUUUCGUGCAGUGCCUGUGACCACUGUCGCGCUUACCAAGGUUUCCAAUUUCAAAUGCAAAUUAGUUGCCAGGGUGACAAUUAGCACUUAAGCGGCGGGUGCAAGGGCAGAAAUGACCCGUUAACUAGGCUCCUCGCCCCACCACGCCAAGGGAGUAAUAAGACGCUCGUGCUAUGUGAGGGAUCGCGUGUCCAGGUAGGCAACGAUUCUAUUUUCGAAUUGCGGUACAUGUAACGGUUGAUAACAAGAGUUUACAACGGAAAAUGUAGUUUUUCAUAUAUUCCAGUAUGCUAUCUACUUUGAAGAGGUUGAGAUCUGGUGACGAUUCCGAUGUAAUUCCCUUCAAGAAAUCUAGGCAUGGUAUUCCCUUUGGAUUUUUUCGACGGAAUGAUUCCUCACUAAUAGAAAAAGGAAUAACCUAUUCAAAGCUUGGUGUUGUGCAUCGAAUAAUACACUCCAUUCAUCAUCUCGCUGAAACAUACUCCCGUUAUUAUGAUCCUUUCGUUGCCUACCUGGACACGCGAUCCCUCACGUAGCGCGAGCGUCAUAUUACUCCCUUGGCGUGGUGGGGCGAGGAGCCUAGUUAACGGGUCAUUUCUGCCCUUGCACCCGUCGCGUAAGUGCUAAUUGUCACCCUAGCAACUAAUUUGCAUUUGAAAUUGGAAACCUUGGUAAGCGCGACAGUGGUCACAGGCACUGCACGAAAGCCAGACUUGCCUGGAAGUCCAGCACAAAUGGCUCGAUUUGAUGGGGAAAUUAUGGAUUUUUUUUCGAGCCGAUCUCUUAGAGAGGAAGAAGAGGUUUCCUUCUUGGGCUGGAGCUGAAAAAUUUGCAGCGGAUUUGAAUUUCGGCGAAAAAAACGGCAUUUUUUUGGCGACUGGUCCAGGACCCCGACAGAUGGAAGUGACCAGCCUUCACUUCGUUCUAUGAAAGGAGUAACAGUGGUUACGCAAUAAAGCCAAAAAAACAGUAAAACGACAAACAGACACCAAACCGCAGCGGAAUAGAUUGCAGGUAAGCCUUUUUUUAUUUAUGUCCUUUAAGAAAAAGUAAGGUUUAGCGUUAUUUGGCGUUCGCAGAUCUUAGUAAUAUAUUUCCCAUACAAUGUCUCUUAUAUUUUCACCCGGGGGGGGUACUCCCAUACAUUACCUAUACGGGUAUGUGCCGCCCAAAGGGGUCGUGAUUUCGAAACUCCUGAUUUAGAACGGGGUAUCCAUUUCAGAGGCGUUUUAUAGAACGGGGUAUAAUAUUUCGAACGCACGAAAGCUCCGCUUUUGUAAGCAGCCACUGAAAGUAUUCAAGGACAGAUUGCCUUUAAAAAUACGGUUCAAUGCGUUAACAAGCAAACCGUUGUACUCUUGUUGCACCCUAGAACGGAGUAUAAAAAAUUGGCCCAUUUCUAGAACGGGGUAUCAGUUUUAGGGCGAAUUCUAGAACGGGGUAUAAAAAAUUGGCCCAUUUCUAGAAUGGGGUAUCAAUUUUAGGGGAAAUUUUUUCUAGAAUGGGGUGCCAUUUUGGAGUCCCGGGCGGCACAUACCCACCCAAAAAAUACCCAAGUGCCCCCCCCGGGUAUUUUCAACGGUCGCCUGUAACGCGACACUGGCACGUCACAUAUGUUAUGUAAAUUACAUUUCACCUUCCCUCGCAACGUGAGUUUGGGCCGCCUGUGGUUAUUGUUUAUUUUGCACGGGGCGGUUUUACUUAAUGAUUAGUCUGUGGUUGAAAAAAAAAAGUGUUUAAGUACACUUCCCCUUAGCUCUGUGUUGAAAAAGAAAUAUUAAUAUCGUGCUUUCUUCACACCAUCAUCCUAAAUCCUGAGAGAAUUGACAUCAUGAAUCAAUGGGAGUAAUAAUGUAUCAAUCUUUAUGUUUACGUUUUGUCGUUUACUUUGGUAACUUAAAAGAUCUGUGUUAGUUGUAACCGUGCCUACAUAACGUUAUGUCCUUUUGCUGAACCAGUUCAAUUGGAUUUUAAGUACUUUGAGGUGCUAAGCGUUUAACUAUUAUGUUUGUGUCUUUACACACAACAGAGGCUGUAGCCGGUGGAAUAGCAAAUGCUUCCCGUCCAACAUCACCAGUUCCCACCCAGGCUGCUGAUGUUGCCAUUGAGAUUGAUGAAGAUCCUCCUGAUGCAGACUCAGAGCCUCUGGUAAGCUUUAGAUGUUAAUUAUAUUACUGAUCGUCUUGGAUGUGUUCUAAUAUCCCAUCUCUAAAAGACCUUUCCCGCAUCCCUGUAAACAAAGGCACCAACUCGAGGCUCGGGUGGACAAAUACAGUGAUUUGUAUGAAAUUAUCCAUCCGAGCCUCGUUCUCAUUUCUUUAUAGGCUGAUUUAGCAACACGACGGGAACGUCAGUUGACGACGGGAAAGCGCGCGAAAAGAACUAAACACGACUUCCGGUGCUCAAUUUGCCGCUCUCUCAUUGGUCAAGCCAGUUUGAUUUGCGCGCGCCUUCGUCAACUGACGUUCCCGUCCUGUUGCUAAAUCAGCCUUAUGUUUGCGCACUGGAGCGUAAUGUGGGAAAGGUCUGUAGUUAGGACACAAUAGGGUGUUGAAGCAGCGACGUUUUUGAGUGACGCACUUCAACCGGAAGUGAGCCUUUUUCUCUUUUAAUAUGCCUCAACGCUACCAAAUUUGUAUUGCUAAGUGUCGUUACUCUUAAAGAGAAGAUUUGCCUUAAAUCUUGUUUAAAAUCACGGCUCAAGAGUGCAGUAAGUCAACUUCCGGUUGGCAUGCGUCGCUCAAAAACGUCGCUGCUGAAACUCCUUAAUUUGCCGAAUAGACCUUCACUCACUCAACUGCUUUCGUAAUUUCGUCUUUAUCAGGUUACUGUCCUUUUCAUGCAGUAUAAUUUCUCUCCUUUGCUGUUUCCUUCAUGUUUGUCUUUAGAUUGAGAUGUGUGGGGUAUAUUAUAAAUGCCAUACGGUCCUGCUUUAUGAGUCUGGUCAUGUCAUAUUGCUUACAUGUAUAUCCAUAUCUUUCUUUUCUUUCCCAUGCUUGUGUAAAAACUUUCUUUACUCCUUUCCACUAUGAUAAGGGAUUAAUCAGGUGAAUCUAAUCUCGCAAUGCCUGCAUUCUGUUCUCUGUUAUUUAAUCAACUUCUUUCGACAUUCAUUUUCGUCUGUUCUCUUUCUUACGUUGCCUUCAUCUGCAUCACCACAGCUGUAUCUCUACUCACAGAAGGUAAGACCAUCAUCGUCGUGUUUUUUUUCGUUGGGAUGUAUGGACGAGUUAUUUUUUUCCAUACCCAAACAUGCCUCAGCGGUGUUAAUAACUAUUUAUGGCAAACUUGUCCCACAGAGGAUGUGGGUACUUCUUCUGUAAUCUCCGCCUUGAAAGAGCUUGUGUGUUCACUUUUCGAUUCAUUCUUCUUAUACACCAUCCACAUCUUCUGUGGUUCGAAUAUAUUUAUGAGGAAACUGUUUCCUUCCUCUCCUAAGAUGGUUCUCUUUACUUCGCGAUUAUAAAAAGUCUUGUUACCCUUUUUCUAUCAUUGACAUAAAGAACAUCAAAAGGGGCUCCUUCGUUAUUUUUUGUGUUACAUUCUGUGGUUGUGUUGAUCUGCUAAAUAGCUGUAGUAUGACCCUUUUUUUUCACUAUUAUGAUUAGGAGUCCUGAAAUUUAUAGAUCUACAAAAAACCGCGCGAAUUAACUUGGUAUAACAUUAGCUACUGUGAGCCAACCUCAGGCAGGGUGCUAAGAAAGUCAGUUUUACAGCUUGCCCUAACCAAAAGUCAUUUCAACUAGCCCGAAAAAUUAUUUUUUUGAUUAGCAGGUUUGAUUACAAUUUUUCUCUGAUUUGGAAUCCCCGAAAAACGUCACUUACAUAUGUGCCAGUCUGGCGAGUUAAGAAGAGAAAUCAUUAGACCGAUAGCAAAAUCCACUAGCCCCGGGCUAUCUACCCUGGGUGCCAGAGGCUUUUCAUGCUCGGUUUCCGGUUUCGGUUAACGCUCGUAUAUUCGGCCAUCAGCCGAAGACGUGUCGGCCUGCGGCCGACGAAGCUCCUCGUUGCACGCGAGAAAACACCUCUGGUACCUAGGGUACGGGCUAUCGGACACCACUUACUUUUUUUUCACGCUGCCUCAGGUAGAUUACAUGGUUAUGUAUGAGAGGUCUGUUAACAUCGGUUUCGUUGCUAAGAACCAACUGAGAUUGCGGUUUACCGUUUCGUUGCUGAAGACUUAGAACUGUGUGUUUUGUCAACUGAGUUGCAGGAGAAAAAGAAGAGAUCAGGAGAAGAGGGAGGUGAAGGAGGCAAAGGUGGAAAAGGGAAAGGAAAGGAAGAAGACGACGCUGAAGACGCCUUGGACUGGUGGUCACGUUACUAUGAAACAUUAAAGGACAGAGAACGUAGUGAGAGAAGAGAAGGACAAGCCAUGUCACGCACUUCAAAGAAGAAGGAAAAGACGGCCGAAGAAACGGAGGAGGAAAAACUGAAAAAGAAAAUUCCCCGACUGACGGUAAGAACGUCUAAGAGUUCCGAGGAGCCUUAUCCCUUUAAGUCCCAAGAGUAAGUCCAAGGUUUUAUUUAGAGAAUUUGAGGGGUAGAGCGCUUCCCCCCCAAAAUGCCCAGCUUCCCUCCCCCCCGGACCCCAUAGGAAGCUCGUGGCCGAAGGCCACUCGGGACUUCUCAGUGUGUGGACUCCUGUAUAGUUACAACUGGUUUUAACGCUUCUGUUGAUAGGCGAAAAUCAAACACGUCUGUCUGAGGCUUCUUGCCUUCGAAUACAGCCAUCUCUCCUGUAUUCGCAGGCUAGAGGCCUUAGGUAGUAAGAAAUCUGUAUCAGCACUUCAGUCAGGAAUUCUACGCUCUUUUGUCUUAAAGGUUUAAGUACUAGUGAUGGGAAAAGUAAUCAUUCUUUUUAUUGAUUACAGAUCUUUGACGAAGAGUUGGAAUACCUGCCAGAGUAUAAUGGAUUUAACGAUUGGCUCCAUGCCUUUGCGCUCUACCGCGGUAAGAAAUCUAGCGAAGAUGAUGACGAUGACCACAGGAUCGUUGGGAAGUUCAAGGUAUCGUUUCCAAUUCUAUAUAUCGGUUCUUCAUGCCAUUUUCCAACAGUCGAGAAUUAUCGUUACUUUAUUGGGGCGCACUGAAGUUUUCUCAUUCUUUGAGCCCGGCAACGUGUAUUUUCUUCAUACUCUUACUUAUUUGUUGUAAAUCCCUCCUAUGUUGUGGUUGGCUGAAGUAUUUUUUUCAUGAAGUUAUCUGAUUCAAACGGCGUGAAUAGUUUCCAGUGACUAGCGACUGACGGGCGCGGAUCCACACCUGUUUCCACCGUUUUAUGGAAAUGGGACACAUUUUUCAAAAGAAGUAAUAUUUUAAUAAGAAGAACACUUUCCAAGUUAAAAUUUGGCCAGUAUCCUGUCUGAAUGACUCCGAAACACAGGAAAGGGGACUUAGGAGUAAAACUCCAAAAUAUUUCCGGGGGGAGCCCGUCACCGGACCCCGCUAGAAACUUGCGCCUUCGGCGCUUAUUUAGGGAAUCGGUCAGUAUUUGUCCCAGAACCGCGCCUAACUGGCUGUUGCACGUUCUUUGUGUUACGUUUUCGGCGUAUCUUACAUCGUCAACGUGUCUGUUUCUUUUAAGGGGUCUUUGAAAGUAUGGAAGUACCCCCUGCCCGAACACGUGGAAAUGGAUCCUCUAGUUGGUACAUUUCUCAAGUUACCAAGUAAUGAGCCCGUCAAUGUGCUGGCACGAGUUUACGUCAUCAAGGUACACAAUCAGAUACUAGCAGUAAGCCCGACAGGAUAAUGCGCCUGUAGCUUGGAACGGAAAUUUGUGUAAAACCAGUGUUUUACUUAAGUUGUUUAUGUUAAAACGUUUAUAAUUACAGUCGAACCUCUACUAACGGCCACCUCUCUACAACCACCACUUUUUUCUGUCCCUCAGCGAAGUUGGCCGUUGUGGAGAGGUUCAACUGAACUUUUCAGUGUUUCUCAGUUUAAAGUGUGAAAUACACACGAGGGGGAUUGAACAUAAAGCUUACGUAGUACUAACAGUGGUAAAGUUGAUCUGUUUCUUUAAUUGAAUCAAAGCAUCGCGUGGUCAGGGUUGUAAAACGGAAAAAUCAACCAGUCAUGAGCAAACAGCCGGAAACGCCUUCAAGGACAGAAAAAUUUGUAAAUUUUACGUCAUUACCUUAUUUUUCAUGUUAAACGAGCAGGAGUGUAUUAUCAGUUUUAAAAACUCUAGGCGAAGCCGAAAGUUUUUUUAAACCUUAUAAUACACGACUGCGAGUUUUUUGAACAGCUGAAAAAUCUCUAACAUUGAUCAACUCAUUCUUGCGCAAAUAUUUAGAUUUUGGGUUAUUUUGGUUCAAAAAAUUGGACGUAAAGUUUAGCCGUGUCUUUAUCCGAUAAAAAGACACUCAUUAAACAUUAAUUUCCUUUGUUUUUUCUUUAUGAAUUAUUAAUGAGCUUUUGAAGAAGCAGUCAAGAACUAUCGAUCUCAGCCUUCAAGCAAGCUGUCUGCUGCCCUGGGGAGGGGAUAAAAAAACCUUUCCCCCCCCCCCAGAGUCCCCCAAGAGAGCUUGCUUGCCGGCUAUUAUCGAUCUGUAAGGUUAUGGCGGAUCACUUUAGGUUUCUGAGAAACUGCCCACUUACCCCUCCCCUGAGCUAACACUAACACUUAGUUCUCACGUAAGGCAAAAUGAUGGCUUAGGGGAGGGGUAGGUGGGCAGUUUCCUGGCAAUACGAUAUACAGAUAGGUCAUUUCUGAGUUGGCUUAAGCCUCUGUUUCAAAGUGAGGCUGUUAUUCUCACCCAAAUAAAACUUAUUUUUACAAGAAAGGUUUUGCACGUAGAUUGGUUUUGAAGGUGAGAGUUUUUGGAACUCGGAAUUGACCUAUCAGGAAGUGAUUAAAUUAUUUACGAUCAUAUGUUUGUUCUAGGCUCUAAACCUGCAUCCCUCAGAUGUCAAUGGAAAGGCGAGUAGUACUCUGCGUUCUCCCUUUGCUUUAGUUGUAACACAUUGACACCUACAUGUUCAUAUCUGUUUUUAGAACGCUUGAUUUGUUUUGAGGAUCGUUCUCAUAUUAAGUGCAAAAUUGAUCAUUUCUUUCAAUUCACUCAUUCCUGUUUCUUUAGGCUGAUCCUUACCUUGUUGUAACGUUGGGCAAACACAAAGUGAGAGACCGAGAUAACUACGUGUCAAAACAACUCAACCCUGUGUUUGGAAGGUAACAACCUGCUAAACCAGUUAUUUUCAGUUAUUAGUUGGUAAAAUCUGCUCUUCGAAAUUCUCUAUAAAACAAAGUAUUUAACGGUACCAUUAAGACGAGAGACUAGGAUAAUGUAUAAGACAACCUUAUAAGACGGGGGACGUCAACAUAAUCCCGUUCUGACUGCAAGAAAUCCAGCAGUAAACCUUUUUGUAAGGGUUCUUAUUGUACCGUUGGACCAUCAGAGCAACAAAGUGAACCCCAAGAGAUUGGACCAGAAAACAGGGUCGUCCAAAAACAAGAUGGAGAGACAAUCUCACCAGGCAGCAGAUCGAACCCCGUAUGUCCUGUGUUAACAGUGAAUACAAUCCCGGAUGAUAAUGAUGAUGAUGAUGAUGAUGAUUUUAGCUCGUGAAAUACAACCCAUUAGGGUUUUACCAACUUUAUAGAUGGCGAUGUGUUUAUCCCAAAGACAGCUUCUCUAUAAUCUCUGCUGUUAUGAUCAUUGUUUGUAUGGAUUGCAACUUGGAUCAACGUCUAACCGUUUUGUUUGAUGUGCCGCGUCUCGUGGCACCCCCUUCGGCUAGAUGCACAUUACAUUCACGUUUAGCCAGUCUGAUCAGAUUUGCUGUGUUCGUGUUCUAGGUGCUUCGAAUUCGAGGCGAUCAUUCCCAUGGACUCGGUACUUACAGUCGGUGUCUAUGACUGGGAUUUGGUUGGCAGUGAUGAUCUUAUUGGUGAAACCAAAGUUGAUCUGGAAAACAGGUUCUACAGCAGACACCGCCCAACAUGCGGCCUUCAGGAGAGCUAUGCCACGUAAGGAUUUCAGUGCUUAGUUUUAUUUGGAAGAACGAGAAGGGCAAGCAGACUCGUUGCUAUCGCACGCCCCGGGUUACUCCCUAUAAUGACCUAUACGGGGAGGCCCCGCCCAAAAGGGGUACCUUUUUCAGACCUCAGGUGUAUGAAAAGGUAGGGGUGUCUGUCAUAUCGUUCUAAGACCAAAAGGGCUAAAAGAUCCAUUUUAAGGAUGUGAAAGAGACAAGAAAACUUCCUGCUUUGUUGUUAGUGGUUUAUUCAUCUUUGAGGUGCAUUUACAGCAGUUAUACAGGAUGCUGUUGCAGUGUUCGUAAUUAGAUAUGUGAAUGGGGUGCCAUCUGUCAUCAGAAGGUUUACGAAAGGGGUCUUUUUUUGUGUCAAAAAUGGUACAUGAAAGGUUAAGGGGUUGGACCUCGGGGCGGAGCCUCCCCGUAUAAAUCUUCUGUGAGUACCCCUUUCCCCCAGGCGCAGGCUCAGGUCAACACCUAGAUCGAGUAUCACUAAGUUUCACUUAAAUUUUAGGUCAGUGGAAAAAAAAAAUCGGUUGUCCAUUUUUGCGCACAUAUAGUGUAAUAAGUCAUGUUGAACUACUGGGCUAUCGCUGAGGCUUCCCUUGUUCUGUCAUGCCGCUAAUUGCUUUUAGCUCUCUGGCCACAACUGAAAAUUUUUUCUCUUUUUAAUAAUUUAUAUUGAACUGGACAUUCUUAGUACUCUGACCCUUUUGUGUUCGUCAUUUGUUCGUCUGCUUCAGGUUGUGGUUGGAUGAGGGGUGCCUGUAUCCCGAGGUUUCAAAUACGUCGAGGACAUAUUUUAUGAUUAAGAGACUAAUUCGUUCAUUUUUCCCAGAUUUGGAUUUAACAAAUGGCGUGAUCCAAUGCGCCCGACCCAGGUUCUCGCCAAGUUGUGCAAGGAUGAGGGACUGGACGGACCACACUACUCCACAGGCAGAGUUCGCAUUGACAACAAAGUGUUUGGAGCAUCUUCGCAAGUCCUGGAGGAGAGUGGUAGGUGUAAUCACUUCUGUUACUAAUCUUAGAUGUUUGCAUAUCCCUUCAGUUCAAUAACAAUACUAAACUUCCAUGUUUGACACUGCUGAACGUUAUGUAUCAUAAAUAUGCUAACAAAAAUUCAAGAUCGCUUUGUUACAGGUAAAACUGUCUUUGGGGCUCUUUUGUUAGCUUAAGCUCCAAAAAAUAGCUUGGAUUUGGAGACGGAAAUACCUCUAGUCAACCAAUAAUGGUGCGAACAUUUCACUGGUGUCUGGUUCUGAUUUGCGUGAUUUUGAUUGGCUCAGAGCACCGGGCGAAGACGCGUCUCAUUCAGGCGCCGGAAUUCUCCGUUACAGUCCGCAAAAUAUGGUCAACUUACUCUUCUUGUGAUGAGCGAACGCUUAGUGUUGGUCCCUGUCAUUCUUCAGGCCCCAGUUGUUCUAAAGGCGGAUAUAGGGAGACCUCCCUAAAAGGAAGUCUACAAUUGUUCUUCAAUCAUUUCCUUUGACCUUAACUAAGAGGGGACACCUAUAGUUGGUCCCUGCAGUUAUUCAGCCAUAUUCUUUGACUCUGUAUUUGGCGGACAGCUGCGGACACCUCCCUAAAAUGGACACCUUUGUCCCUGUCGUUCUUCGGUCAUUUUGUUUUACUCUGUAUAAGACGGACGCCUCCCUCAAGUUUACCCCUCUCUUACUUCAGUCAUUUUCUUUGACUCUCUUGAAAGGCGGACUUAAAGUGCCGGUCCCAAGGGUGUUCAUGUCAAAGAGAGUUCAUUGUAAUGUCUUCGUUAUAUUUGCCGUAGGGUUAAGCCAGUGUUAUUCUUGCAGGUCAUUUCAAACAGUCAGAUGAACCAGUAGCACUCAAAGCUCUGCGGAAUUUCCACACUUUGAAGAGAGGCUUUCAUCUGGUGCCGGAACAUGUUGAGACCAGGUCACUGUUCAACCCAGAAAAACCCGGCGUGGAACAGGUAGGAAAUAGAUUAUUUCACUUACAAACACCCCUAGCCUCCGUCGCCUUCGUCGCGCGUUCUCUCCCCCCCCCCCCGAGGGAGAAGGAAGGAACCGGGAAGAAACUCGUGACAAAGCCCUAAGAACGUCUGCGUGGGAGGCUAAAACGCCGCAGGUGCUAGUACGUUUGGCGAUCUUUUAGUUUUUCUCACUUACUUCUCGAUUGUUUUUGUUGCUGCUUUAUUUUCUUUUCUCCUGAAAAAAGGUAAUCUCUUUUUGUAUUUCAGGGUAAAGUUGAGAUGUGGGUUGACAUGUUUCCCAUGGAUAUGCCUUCACCCGGAGCACCAGUGGAUAUAACUCCCAGAAAACCAACAAAGUAAGAUAUCUUGCUCCACCUUGUCUAGUCUUUUAAUAAACAUCUUUAAUGUCACAACAGACAAACUAGCUUGACUCGCUUUCAAACUGGAAGAUAGUGACGUUAUCAUCGUCUUCUUAAUAGAACAAAUCUGAUAUAAAUAUAUUAUGAAUAGCAAUGCAAAAGGUUAACGGUUUGCAAGGAACUUUGUAAAAAGUAGGCAUGGUGAAAAUGUUGAACAUGUGACGUAGUAUGCUCGAGGCCUAUUAAGCGUUUUUACACCAAACCAAUGAAACAACGGCGACCAAUCGGAACAGUUGAAGCCAAUACUUUGAACCAAUCAGAGCUCGAGGCAGAUACAUGUAGAGGGCGGUUGGCGCGGGAGAACGAAAACGCGUGCGAGUAAGUCACACUUGGAUUUGAUUUUGCUUUGAUUGGUUAGCGAAGUGGCGCGAAAUUAUUAGCUAGUCACAGUAGAAUUCCUUAAUACUGAGAGCCUAGUAUCAGCAUUACAGAGUUGUCUGUGUCAUAGAGGCUGGGAUUGUAUGAAUUUUGGUAUCUUCGGGACUUACACAGUGUCCAUAUUAGAGAGGUGUCCGUAUUACAGAGAUUUCCAUAGGGAGUCUCAGCUAUUUCAAGGAUUCAUCCAACAAUACGAGAUUGAUUAUUUUCACUACUGACUACAUUGAAAACCACUCUUGGUGUCCAUCCUGUAGUUAAUGUGGAACUCGAGUACAGAAAUUUUAAAUCUCAGAGUUUUUUAAAUUCAUGUUUACUUUAGUUACGAGCUGAGGGUUGUCAUCUGGAACACUGAAGACGUGCCACUUGAGGAAUCCAACAUACUGACAGGAGAGAAGUGUAGUGAUAUCUUUGUUAAAGGGUGAGUACUUAUGCAAGGAAAGCGUUGUUAUGGCUUUUAUUGCCCAUAGGAAACAACAAAGAAGCCAGUCUUGCUCAAGAUGUGGGUGGUUUUCCCCCCCCCCUCCCCCGGGCCUUGGGGGAACUCCAUAUAAAAGCCUAUACAGAGAUGCUCCACCCGAAAGGGGUACCGUAUGUGAAACUUUCGUUUACUUCAACUAGUUAGGGUAGGGAAAUCUGUGAUUUCGGUCUGUAAAACGUCCCCAAGGGGCUAACUGAUGUAUUUUAAGGCUGUAAAAAAAAAUCGAUUAAUUGUUCUGGUUGUGUGAUUUACUCAUAUUGAAAGACCAUUUGUCCAAAACUAUUUGUCAAAAAUGGUAUGUAAAAGGGUAAGGGGUUGGGAAAGGUUUUGGUUCAUUAUGUUCCGCAAGAUUUUGUCACCGCAGUUUUUGUCCCACUUUAUGUCCCAGAAAAUUUGCCUGCUUGACUGGCUUGUUUUAGUGGUAAAAUAUUAGGGACCGGUCAUUAUUUAUCGCCCGGGGGGGGGGGGAGGCGGAAGAUUUGGGGCUAAACAAGGUGAAAUUUAGCUGAUCCCCCCUUGGAGCGUUACUUCACUGAAGUGAUCCCCCCUAAUAACUUUUGAUGACUUUCCCCCACCCUCAUGUCCUUAUUUUCCAAGCAUAUUUGAGUGGUUCCCCCCUCUGAAUCCUUCCAAAGUUUUAAGCGGUCCCCCCUUUUGGGUUCUCAGUUACGACUGAUCCCCCCUUUUGUUUUCCUAAAAAUCAAGUGAUCCCCCUUAAAAUCCUCCCCCCGCCUUCCCGGGCGCUAAAUAAUGACUGGUCCCUAAGUGAUUGAGGAACCAGAAGGAUGAAUGCUGAAGUAAUAAUUAUCACCUACAAAUUGAAAAUCCCUUGGCACAGGAUUUCAGAAUGGUGUGUAUAGGCUAUUUUAUGUAGAACUCUCUCCUUGAUAACAAUGAAUUUACGAUGUGUCCUUCCCUUUCGUAGUUGGCUGGAAGGGAUGAAAGAAGAUCGUCAACAAACAGACGUGCAUUACAGGUAGGCCCUUCACGUGUCUAGCAAGAACUAUUUUGAUAUAUUUGCAGGGUUGUCUGGAACAACGGCUGUCAUUUUUUCUCUCGCUAUUCUCAGACAUUUAAGGCCCUGUGUGCCACAAGUUACGAGUAGGAUAGGUGAAGGUCAGUGGCGGAUCCAGGGGAGGGGCCUUCCCCCCCGCCCCUUAUUGUUACCAAGCUGAGGCCCAAAGGGCCGAAAAUAUUUUUUUUUGAAAACUGGGACCCCGUUCUCUCAGGGUCUGGAUGUCCCUCUCCCUCCCCCGUUCACCUUAUCUGAAGGUCUGGGUCCGCCGCCAUCAUAGUUGAUUCUCACGCGCAGGCUUAAACCCAACAGUAAUGUCAGAUUUUGAAAACGACUUGAAUCCCACCAUUGGAUAGAAACCCUUCGUUUACAUUAGUUUCCUCGUUAGUGGAAAGUUCAUUCCUACCGAACUGUUUAACGUACUUGUGUUGUUUUUUCCUUCAAGUGUUGAGAUAUUCAUUUCAAUGUGGAAAUAGUUUUAAGGGAGGACAUUUAACGCAACAAAAAUGGAUUGCCCCCUGGCGGUUUGCAGAUUCCUUAGCCAUGGUGCGCAAAGCUUGGCUGAACAUUUGCAAAAUGAAAGUAACGUUCUGCUGUAAAUUCCACAGAUCGCUCACUGGUGAAGGGAACUUCAACUGGCGGUUUAUCUUCCCAUUCCAGUAUCAGAAAGCAGAAGAAAGAAUUGUCAUUACCAGAAAGGUGCGUUUGUUUCUUCGUCUCAUCCUUACCUGCUACAACUGAUAUCACUCUUUACCACCCUGAUCGCUUACAUAUACUUUAAAUUUGUCUUCAAUCAUAGGCGAGUUUCUUUUCCUGGGAUGAAUCAGAAGAAAAGGUUCCUGCAAGGCUUCACUUACAGGUGUGGGAUGCCGAUGCUUUUUCUGCCGACGACUUCAUUGGUAAGAUAAGUAACUUCAAUGCAUUAUUGCAUAGCCUUAUUCUAAGUAUCUAUGAAAUACGAGAUUAAGCGUGCUUAAAGAGUUUCCAAACACCCGGCACUAAUAAUGUUGCAAUCGUGCGUCGCUGUUGUGUGGAUAUUUUAAGAACGCCUGGCGCUAAUAAUGUUGCAAUCGUGCAAAGAAGAUUAAAUCAAAGUUAUCUUUUAUCUUCAACAAACACUUCAAAUGGUUCACUUUUAACAAAGGUAUCAUUGAGUAGUUAAAGAAUUACGAAUCUAUCACACAGACACACUUACCAUCCUGGUGUAUCUCUGUCGAAACAUUACAACAACGUAUUUUGGAUAGUGAAUAGUCGUUUAAGUCAUUGAUGUUUUUCGCGUUUUUGCCCUAUCUCAAGCGCGUCAUUAACGCGGGGCAAUUCGUUCCAACGUUUUGGCUUCCCGUUUUACGCCCAGACCGAAGAUAAAGGAGUCAAUUUUAGCAGUCUAUACUCACUGUCUUCCUCCGUGAUCAGGUGAUCUAACGCUGGAUCUCACGCGCAUGCCCAAGGGAGCCAAGAGUGCUAAGACCUGCACUCUGGACAUGCUUAAACAAGAUGGAAGUGUUCCUCAGAUGUCCUUCUUCAAAGCCAAGCACAUGAAAGGCUUUUGGCCAUUCACUGUCAACACUGAAGAAGAAGAGAUCGAACUGGCCGUAAGUGUGCUUUCUACUUGUUUUCAACGAAACUUUUUUGAACCGUUUUUCAUUGCUGGUUGAUGGUGGAUUAAUUUCUUUUUGUUUUGUCUCCUCACCGCUCUUUAAUGAGAGAAGUAGUUGAUGAAGGAUCAAUUUAGGUUUCUGGGAAACUGCCCACCUAGCCCUCCCCUAAGACAACAUUAACACUUACUUCUCACGUAGGGCAAAAUGUUGGGUUAGGGGAGGGGUAGGUGGGCAGUUUCCCAGAAACCUAAAGCGAGCCGGAACUUCAAUGUAUUUGUGUGCACAAUGAUCCCUACGUUCUUCCUUUUUUUGAGUCCAUUGUGUUGAGUGUAGUUUGAGUUAGGAGUAGCAAGUUAAAAAUGCAAAUGUUUACGUUAUUACUUUUUUUAAAACAGGGCAAAGUGGAAGCUGAACUUGAAUUGUUGACUCAAGAGGAGGCUGAAAAGAAGCCCGCUGGACGGGCCCGUGAGGAUCCGCAGGCUCUAGAGAAACCCAAGUAAGACCUGGAACUGUGCUUUGAUUGCCUUAAAUGUGCCGGACUGCCCCAAAUUAGUUGCAUUGUUUUGCCACACUUGUAACCUGCUACACGAUUUUCGUAUGCUACAUAUUUUAUUUCGCUUGGUAGCGAUUGCAUGCUUUCCCGCGAUUUGUGUUCACUGCUUCUCCACAGACCGUACUUGAACUUGCGGUUUGUCUCGCGUGUCGUGUUUUUUGUUGUGAUCACUUGAACUUCAAGUUUGUUGUCUUUGCAUGUAACUUGCUCUUUUAAUGCCAAUUUGUUUGCUUUUUCAGCCGCCCCGACUCAACCUUUACCUGGUUCAUGAAUCCCUUCAAGUCCUUAAAGUACAUGUUAUGGAAUAACUACAAGAUGUGCCUGAUCAAGUUCCUGGUCAUUGGACUGCUAGUGGCCCUUAUGGGCUUGUUCUUCUACUCCAUGCCUGUAAGACUGACCUUAACUAAAUAUAACAAAGUCACUCGUAAACUCCCGUCUUGCAUGGGUAACAGGGUUAGUUUCAAAAGAAACUGCGUCAAGAGGGGUGCGUGUGGGUUUGGUGCCAGGGGGAACACAACAAUUUGCUUUUAUCAACGGAGUUGAAGAAGAGCUUCCAGCGAAUCAAGGAUUGAGGGUUGGGUUAGGUUAAGAUUGUGGGUACUUGCUGACCAUACAGUGGGAGAAGGAAAUUGCGUAACGGUCUGCGAAACAUGUCCAACAUUUUCAACCAACGACAUUUAUGUGAAUACUAGAUACAACACUCUGGUUCAGUUUUAGUAUCUCGUUGGAUAUCUUUGGACAAAGUUUCAAUUUAUCUAGACCUAACCCUGUUGCAUGCAGUAACCAGACAAUAAGCAGGUGUACGUCUUUUUUGUUUGAUGUUGUAUUGGUUAAAAUGCGCCAGAACUGAGAGGGCUUAGAACUUAUGACACCAGUUAAGAUGCAUUUAAAAGUUUACUCGGGAUAAGCUUGUCCAAGGGUGACCUUUCUGGUAAGAUAAGAAUGACACAGGGACACCAGACACUAUUUUUUCAUGUAACUGUACAGACGUUCUUACUACGACUUCUUUUUGUUUUUUGGAAGCGUUUGUGGCCAAGCAAUUAUAACUGUUUCAUCUUUGAGGUAGUUGUAUUCACUUAAACAAAACAGCACGGCUUUGUCUGGCAUGUUUUUUGACGCUCCAGUCAUCCCUAUAAUGUUUAUAAGUUUGUCCUUUAAUAACUUCCCAUAAGGGUUUGUACAGUUCCCUUUCCCACACAAUUUAAUCGUUUACCAUCAUUUGCUAAUGCUCUUCGCGCUUUUGUUUUUUUCAGGGCUACACAGUUAAGAAGAUCUUUGGAGCUUAAGCUCUGCAACCAAAUCAGAAAUCAGAGUCCUUCUCUGGCGUUGCUGAACAAUUUAUUUAUGGAGGUUCCAUAAGUUCCUCAAUAUAAU